GGAAGGGGUCGCUCGAGCUCUCUGAACUUUCGUGCGCGCCACACCGUACACGUACCAUGGCGAUAUAAUUUCGCGUUUCUUUUUCUGUUUUUCGUUUUUGUUCCGCCGCCCGUCACUAUCUCUCUCUCUCUCUCUCUCUCUCUAUCUGCGUUCUCCCGCGCGGAGUCUCGACAGGGACGGCGCUCGCGAAACACACCCAACGGUUAUCAUUUACAUCAUUCGCGCCGCCGUCGUCUUAAUACGCAUCGCGUAUAAUAAUAAUAUUAUUAUUGUUGCGCAACACCGUGGCGGCGCAACGUACGAAUAUUGGGUAACCGUCGGCGGCAGGGAGACGCAUGUGCCUGUGCGCAUACCUGCGGAAUCAUCAUCGUCGCGGUUGUAGACGGCUCGGCUCGGGUAAGACUUGCGAAACUGAUAUUAUAAAAGACGUAUAGAAACCGUCGCCGCGCGCGGAAAUAUAAUAUUAUUAUUACUAUUAGUGUUAUUAUUAUUGUAUUUUCAGAACGCGCGCGUCCGAAAAAAAACGGACGGAAACCCGUUUGUGCAAACAAUAUAUCACGGUGUUUUAUGCGCAGCGACAUAAUAUAUAUAUAUAUAUAUAUAUAUACGAAUAUACGAGUAUAUAAAAUUCGCGAUAGGUUUACGCAUUUUUUUUUUUAGGCGUUCCCCCCCUCCCUCCCCCCGGAGACCGGGAUAUUGUUUUACGCAAUGGAGUAGUCGGGAUUUCGAAAUGUGAGGGGGAGGGGCUAAAUAAGUUUUUGUUCGACGCAUACGCGUAUAGGAUACGGGGAAUUCAGAAAGUGUUUUCAUCAAUAUGCGUUUGUGUUACUUUCAAUAGAAAUCGGUUUAAAGGGCUUAAUAACGAAAUAAGAAUAUUACUAUUAUUAUAACUACAUGUAUAGUUAGUACUUACUCUGUACUGCCCAUAGUGGCGUAUUUAGGAUUGUGUCAGGGAAGUAUAGAUAUUAAAUUUGGACAUUGUGCCAUAUUGUAAAACGUACACAUAGACUAAAACAUAAAUCUAUCGAUUAUUAAUUUAUAUAUUUUUGUUAAUACCUAUUAUUUCAAAUUCAAAUUUUAUUAUCAUCACUGACUAUGCAUUAGGUAUAUGAGUAAUCAUUAUUAAUUUAUGUAAUAUUUAGUUGUGUACUAACGUAUAACUAUUAUAAUAUAGUGGUUUGGAUAUAGGUUGUUUACUAUAGUAAACAACACAUUGUUGAUUUGUCUGAGUAACUCGUAAAAGUAACGAAAUUUUAAUUUAAAUAUGGGUAAUCAUACAAAUAUAGAUGAUAAUUAAGGAUUUAGGGGGGAUAUAUCUAACUUUUCUUCCCCUUUAAUUAUGCCACUGCUGUCAUCAUCUCUUAGUGGAAUUCUUCUUGGAGAAUUUUGAGCUAUAGCAGUAUUUAUAUAUAAUUUUCAUUUAUAUCUUCUUUUUUAUUUAUAUUAGCUAUGACUAACCCAUUGUAUUAAUUUUCUGAUAUUGCUUCUCUAAAUAAAUUUUUAUGAGUUUCAUUGUAGAAAACGUUCUUUCAAGGGUAUUGAAAAAAUACCUAUUUGAAAAUAUAAUUGAUAGCAAAAUUGUAAAAUAGUAAACACACGAUGAAGACACGAUGUAUAGGAGAGGACCCAAGUUAGUUUCCUCUUGCCUACGCCACUGACUUUAUAAUUAUUAUUUUAAUUCCCCUGAUCCUGGCAACAUCUAAUAGAGAAUAUUUUUAUUAAAUUGUUGUUGUGCUGAUUUCAAUAACAAUGUAAUCAAAUUUACUGUUUAUGAACUAUAAUAGUUACAAAUUUAGACCGGGGAUAUAGGGAAGGAUAACAAACUUCAUGUUCAUUUUUAGAUGAUAAAUUUAUAAAUGAUAACCUUUCCGUAAACCCUAGGUUCAAAUUUUAAAAAGUGAGAAUUCAUUAGCGGUAAAUCUGAUACAAGUGUUAUACAUAGCAAAAUUAUGUUUGUGUCAAAUUACUAUUUGAGAUUAGAUAACCCUGUAUAUAUAAUGGAUUCCGAUUUAAUCACUUGGAUUCAAAAACCUUUGAAACAUAUUCGGUUUAAGUAAAAUAUUAUACACUUCAAUUUUUUGAGAAUAUAGAAUGGAAAUUCUUAGUUUUCCAUAUCUAUAUUCUAUAUAUCUAUAUAUUUCAUGAGCCUUUUUGUAAUCUUAAUAUCAUUGUUAAGACUGUUAAGAGUUAUACAUUUGUUUUCAAAUAGAAUAUACGAUAUUCCCAUGAUAAUUAUUUAUUUAGGUAAGUAUAUUAUCUAAAUCGUAAUUUUAGUUUUCGGUUAUAAUUUAUUUAGGUAUACGUAUUGGCUGGGAAAUGAAAUAAUAAUAUGAUUCAAAUUAUAAUAAAUAAGAAAUAAAAGCUGAUAACUGCUGAUGAAUGUGUCACUGUUGUAAAUGGGGAGUUAAGGAAGGAAGAUACUUACAUUUAAUCAUUUAUAUUUAUACGCAAUGAUAAAUCAUUUCUGAAAUACAAUUUUGAGCGAAGUUCGAUUAAAUAUGUUAUGAACUUUCGUCAAAAUUUGAACUUAAAAUUCUAAACUUGAAAUAUCAAGCAUUUUUUAUCAGCCAAAACAUUUUGUCUACUUAAAACAAUAUUAUAAAUUUUAAAAAAAAAUUCGAAAAUGUCAAAUGCUUGUAAAUAGCUAAAAAAUGACCGGAACAUUUUUUAAAAAAUAACCACGUCUAUAAAGUGCUAAUAUAGGUAUUCUAUACAAAUAUCAGGUAUUACGAUUAUUUUUAAUUGAUUCACAAUAAAAAAAAAAAUGUUUAAUUAUGAAAUCGUUGUUGCUAUAAAUGUAUUCGUUUUUCUAUUAUAUGUUUUUUCAACUAUUAUGUUAACUGCAAGGAAAAUCAAAAAAUGACCCUACCCAUGCACCAACCUAGAUUCAAAAUGCUACAUAAAAGUUCUCUUGUCAUAUUUUGAUUUGAGCAAGAUUUCUGGCAGAAAAGUUGAUAACAGACAGAAUUAUUUAAUAUAUUAUAUAUAUAUAACUAAAGGUUGUAUCUGACCUAUAAUGAUUGAAUUAGGGGAGGGGUAGCACAAGACAUUAGAUUUAUCUAUUUAUGCACAUAAUUGUGUUAAAGAUUUCUAAAAACUAAGGUUUUAGAGAUAAAACAACGAUUGUACAUUUUAUAGAUUUAGUGUAUUUCGAAAACAACCUCAUUGAUGUUUUACAAUUCUCAAAAUAAAUUAUUUUUAUUUUUACAGUUACAUUUAAUUAGUUAAUAAUGAAGUUGUCUUCGAACAUUUUUAUAAUAUGCACUACAUUUAUCUCUAAUAUCUAAAACCGAAUUUAAAGUAAUUUUGUUUUGUUUUUCGUAAACAAAUGUUGGCUGCAUAUAGUGUUAGAAAGUCAAAGUUAGCAGAAUUGAUUCUGAGUACAAAACACUUAUUUGGUUAUGCUUCAAUUUAAUUAUGCCUUGAUAAAUGCGUACUUUUUACCCGAUCGUAAUUUAUUUGAAACACGUUUCGAAACUCUCAAUAGAUUUCCAAAAAUAAUUAUCUAGAUUCCCCUUACAGUUUUUCUAAAAAAAUUAUAAAAUUAACAACAACAAUAUUAACGAUAAUACUAUUAUUUUAAGAGUUUAUAGAUUCUACGUUCAGAAUCAUUUUUUUGAUUGUAAAGAUGUAUCAAUGCUUUCAGUAUGUAAACAAUAAAUCACUCUAUAUCUUACACCUUCUAAUCUUUCCAAGAACAACAGUGGCUCGCCCAUGGUACGUAAUAUGUCAGUUUUUAUUAAUAUUCAUUUUUUUAAUUAUUAUUUUUUAUUUAUUAAUUUAUUAUAGUUGGUCGUAGUUCAAACCGCUGUAAUCGGAAUAAGCGUAGGUGACGACGCGCGUGAGAGCUUACUAGUGACAUUGGACAAAUAUAAAUUUCGACCACAAAUUAAAAAAAAGUUGAUACUUCUAAUGGGUGUGCUACUUUUAUAGGUGUGUUGUUGGUAAGGUUAAGUAACCUUUUUACCACUAAGUACAACUUAUAAUGAACCUCGGUUAAAGUUUCAAGAAUUUCUGUUUAAUCAAACAAUUUGAUUAGUAUGUACAUACCAAAGAAAAAAUCAAAAUCUCGAACAUGUAAAAUGACAAUAAAUAUCUCAAAAAUUGCCAGAAAUAUUUGCCACGUAUAAAAAAAGUUAAUAUUUACCGAAAAUCUCAACGCUCUACGAUGGUAUUUUUAACCGAAUUACAGCAAAAAACCAAAACCUAAAAUCCAAAAUACAACAAAAAAAGCCUCUUGUCAUUUUUCGAUUAGAACAAGACUUCUAACGUAAGGCAUACAAAUUUAAAAUAAUGAAUCCGAUAACGACGGUAAUACGCCAUAAAUACGUGUCCGUUUUUUCUGUAUGUUUUUUUUCGAAUUUCCAUAAUAAUUAUUACAGAAAGCUCUUGGAAAAUCAAAAAUGACUUCAAUUUAAUGCAUUAAUUAGAGAGCCAAACUGCAACAAUUUUUUGAUAAGAGCGAAAUUUCUGGUAGAAUUUGUUGUCUUCAAAAAAAAAAAAAAGAAGAAACACAUCAUAGUGUAACCAUUAUGCAUUCGCUCGGGAUAGAAUCCAAAACGAAAAUUCUGAAGAAAAAAAAAACUUGUAGGUAAAUUUUUCAGUAUUUUUUUUUAUGUACCUAGUAAGCGUUUUACGAAAGAUCGAUCACACCCUGUAUAUUAUACAAUAAUGUGUGUACUUGUACACUGUCCUCUGUGCUCGCGGAUUUGAAAUAUGGUCAUCGCUGACGGGCGAUGUCGUACAUUAUAAUAAUAAUUAUAAUAUUAUUAUUAUUAUUAUUAUUUAUGUAUACCUACGCAUGUUUAUUUUGUUAUUCUCGUUCGAGUCUGUCGGGUCGCCCGACUUGACCCGCGCUCGCCCAGCGGGUUGUGUGACAGUCCGUCGUCCGGCGACGUCGUUGUCGAUAAUUUUUAUAUCGGGCGCGACGACGGAGGAUAGAAAAAAAAACAUUAUUUAUAAAAAUGCAGAACGAAUCGUUACGGAGAUUCGAAGCAAAAACGAAACGACGACGCGCGCGUUGCGUAACCUUUGGGUUCAAUACCGUAGUCGCUGUCGUCGGUUUUUUUUUUAAAUUUUUUUUUUUUUUUUAUUUGCUACGCGUUUCCCUUCGGCGGAUUCGUCUCAAUCGAACGCCGCAAAUUCGGCUAUCUCGGCCAUCGGGAAUCGUGCGCGCGCGAUCGGAACACCCGCAAUAAACGGCCGGUGUCCAAUCAACACGUUUCCGCCCAGUCAUCGUAUUGUUUACCGUGCCGGUACAUUCAUAUUGGAUUUUACACCGCGCGCGACAAUAUUGCUAUCAUUAUCAUUAUUAUUAUUAUUAUUAUCAUUAUUAUUAUUAUUACUAUUAUCAUUAUGCCUUGUUAUAAUGAUAAUAAUAUUUUAAUAAUAUUAUUAAUUUGGUCGCCGGCGUGCCGCGUGUGUUAUUGUUCCGUGCGCGCCUAUAUAAAGCAUUAUCGUUAUAUUAUACCGAUCGUUUUUCAAGGAUGUGGUGGCCCCGCGCGAAAUGUGGGACGCGCGGUCGUGUCCGACAAACUCGUACACCCGGUAGGUAUACUCGCUGAACUUGCGGAUCCGGUCUGAAAUGGCCAAUCUCGCUUUUCGGCCGAAUCGAAUUAUAUUGAAAAGACACUAAUAAAUAUUAUAUUUAUACACAAUUAUUUUGAUACGCUUUUUCUCGCGCUAAAAGGGCGUAACUUGAGCGCCAAAGGACAUAUAGCUCGAGUUACAAUAAUGACCAUUUAUUGUUGCAAACAUAUUAUAGAAUCGGUUUGAUUUUCAAAACGGUCAAUCUGACUUCAAUGGAAUAAUUGACGUCUAUAAAGAAACCAUGGCUACAUCAUAAUAACAAAACAUUAAUUUCAUAUUUGUCUAGGUUAAUAACCGUAAAUGCUAUACGUCGAUUUUUCUUAUAGUUAGAAAUUUGCUCAAAUCUCCCUCCCGAGUAGAUAAUUUGAACCAAAGUACCGAGAGAUAUUAGUAUGCAACCGUUUGAAAUGUUUUUAGCUGUUCAUACUUGCAUAAUAUACAAUAGAAUAUUGUUAUUAAUUUAUUUUUUUAUUUAUAGAAUAAAACGUUUUAUACAUUUUUUCCGUAAUUUAUACGUUCGUAAUAUUAUAUAAUACUAGCUGUCCCGCCCAACGUUGUUCGUGCCAAUUUAAUCCCUUUGUUGUUGACUAUUUAAAAGCAGAGUUUUCAAAAACCGAAAUCAAUAAAAGAAAUCCGAUUUAUCUACGUGUCACCGUCUUUAUUUCAUCGGUUUUCGUUGAAAAACAUGAUUGCAAUACGCUUUUCUUUUCUAUUACGAUUGGACAUCCGUGUCACCGAUGUAACCCAGAAAUAAUAAUAAAAAAAAAAAACAAUUUUUGUCAGACCCAGAAAUAAGGAAUCUGUUGUUGAAAUCUCUUUGUAUGGGCGAUAAAUUCUUAAAAAAAAAAAAAUAUGUAAAAAAAUCAAAACCAUAAAUUUCAUUCGUCGCGGUUAUAAUAUUAUAUUACAUCGUAACAGGGUAAACGAGUUAUCAUUAUCUCUCUAGUUCAAUAGAUUUUAAAAAAAAUAAAACGUUUGACCAGAAGUUGCAACGCAUGUGAACACAUUUUUUUUUUUAAAAAACACUUAUGGAAUAGACAACUUAUUAGCUGUUGAAUAACUGUAAUAUUUUAUUAAACAUUAAAAUAUGUUUUAAUAUUUGAAGUAUUUGUUUUGAAAAUCAGCUACAAGCAAGCAUUUUUAAAAAUAGGUAUUUUACGUUUUCUGAAAUUUUUACACCGCAUUGCACGAUGUGGAAAGUCUCUAUAUGGCUUAAACUGUGUAGGAAAAAUAUGUUGGUCUCGUACUCACACAUUUAAUGAUUUGUGCCUCAAAAUGGUAGGGAAACGUUAGACAUUACUGUACUAGUUAUGUGGUGAAACAUAGGAACAUUUUAAUAUUUAUGUUACACUAAUUUUAAAUCAAAAUCACAAUUUUUUGGUAUAUUAUAGCUCCAUAUAUCUUUGCUUUCCCAUUUUGUUCAACAUACUCCUAUGUUUUAAAGGGAAAAUGUAUCUAAAAAAAAUAACCAAAUUGUUGGGAACAGCUAUCGGACGAAUUUUGCAAUAAAACAAACUAUAUCAAAAUUUAUAGAAAUCUGUAUAUAUCUUAAAAUAAUCUUUUUAUUAAAUAAAUCUUCAUUACACAAUAUAAACAUACAUGUGAUGCAUUCCAAAGCUAUUAUUUCACAUUAAUUACAAAAACCAUAGAGUAAAAUACUAAAAUCUUAACCUAUUUUCGUUUUUGUCUUUUCCUCAUAUUUGUAAAUAAUUUCAAUAAUCGUUUAUAGCUUACUUGGCAAAUAGAUGCAUCAUAUUUAGAUUCCAUGGAAUGUGGUUAAUCACUAAUGAAUCGAUUUUUUCUAAUAGGUUUAAAUUACCAUCUCCGAUGGGUAAUUUUAUAUAAAUAAAUAACUUGUAAAGUGGUGAGUUCGUAACGUGUAUAUAAAAAAAAAUGAUAUAUUCCCUCUUAUAGAUAUUAGUGUUUUGUUGAAAUGAAUUGUGUUUUAUUUGUUAUUUGUUAUUUCUCGGACAAAAAACUAAUACUAAAAUAAAAUAUUAUGUUAAAAGUUAUUUUUACCUAACGUAGUAACGCGUAUUAUUAUUGUGUCGCAUUUAAAUUGUAUUAGUACCUAUUUUGAUUUCAUUUCCUUAGAAUUUUUUAAACAAUUAUAUAUGAAUUAUUUUAAAAACUUAUUAUAAAUAUUAUGGCCUUUCGAAACAUGUAUAACCAAACUCUGCUCAGAUUCGUUUUUCAUUAGCAAUGAUUUAUCUUUACGCAUAGAUAUAUAUUAAAUCCCCCUCUGGAAUGUAUAUCCUACGUGCCCAACUUUUAAUUUAUAACAGAGGCCCAUUCAUCGUGCGAAAUAUGUCCGUUUUUUUUGGCUAUAUGUGAAUACAAAUAUCGUAACUUUAUUUAAUUAUAGCGUUUAAGUUCAAUUUAUGUUGAUAUUUUUUAUAAAACAAUCAAUUUUAAUUUAACCAAACAAUGUUUAAACAAACUAUGUUCAUAAUAGUUUUUUGUUUGUUUGAUUUAUCGUCGGGUGCAGAUAAAUAAAUUCAUUAUACUCUAUAAUACCCCAAUGCUUUCUUUACUUCCCACUUACAACAUUGGCCCACCCAUAAUGCGAAGUAUGUCGGCAUUUGUAAAACGGUGUUUUUUUGUAGAGUAUUAAGUAAAUAUUUGCACUCCUGGUACACAAAAUUAUAAGAAAUUUGUAGUGUAUAAUAAUAUUAAAUUUCAUAGUAUCUGACUGGCAACCAACGUACACUCGUGUCACCAUGGCAAUCUAAUAAUAUACACUACAAUUUGUAGGGGGUAGACACGAUAUAAUGAUCCAGUGCGUUGGGCUUUUGUGUAAAAAUAUAAAAUAUUCUCGUUCAAAUACAUAACACAAUCGAAUAUUAUUCGAAUAUAAUCCAUUUGAAUUCCGGGAAGUACAGAUUUAAUAUGUAUAAAUUAAACAUUGAUAUAUUAAAUGGAAUAAAACAUCAUUUAUAAUAUCUUAGGAAAAUUAUUCGGGUAAGUUGGCAAUUUUUUUUUUAAAAAAAACCGUUCUUCCCCUCCAAAUUGAAUACGUGUAAUAAUAUUAUGUUUUACUCAUUUACAUUAUGCACUAUUGUUCGUAGAUAGUUCUGUAAACAUUUAAUUUAAACAAAAAACCAAUAAAAAUUAAUAAUACGAAAUUAUGUUUUUUGCGAGGUAAGUGUUUACAACCAGAAUAAUAGUAUAAAAAUCCGUUAUAAUCUUUACCGGUUUUAUAUUUGUAUGAAAUAAAAACAAAACCAAUCUUCUUCGUAUAGUUAAAAAAAAAAAAACUAGUUUAUGUCGCAACUAAUUUUAAAAUAUUGAUUUUGUAUAAACUGACGGCCGUAUGUCUGGACGUGUUAUUUUUUACUAUAUUCCAGACAAAUUUAUAUGCAAAUAACGUAGAAUAAAACUAAAAACGAAAAUUAUUACUGACGUUAAAGGUUUGAUUCUGUAUCAUUUUAUAACAAAUUUGUUUUUUAUUAGUUGACUACUUUCUACCGAAAAUCUUGUUCUAAUCAGAAAAUGACAAAAGAACUUUUUUUUUUUAUUUUUGAUCUAGAUGGUUCAUUUUUUGAUUUUUCUUCUAGUUUUCAUAAUUGGGAAACGCAGAAAAUAUUAUUCUUAAUAGUAACUUUAGGCUACAUACUAUAACUAUGGCUUUAACGUGUUGUAAUAACUGAAACAAUAUACCUUAGCAAAACCACCUCUGCUAUUACAUUAAAUAAAUUCUAAAAUCAUUUUUAAUAAUAAUCGACAUAAUCGAUCUACAGUUUUAAAAUUGAGAAGUCCCUAUUGUUUUGGCCAAGCAAACAUGCUUAAAAAUUGUAUAAAAAUUCAUCAAUAUUGAGUUGUUCUUAAUGUUCAGAAAAAAAAAACAGUAGUUUGUAUAAUCUUUAAGUUCAAACUUUAAGGAAAAUGUUUAAAACCGUGGCAUUUUAAAAUAUGUUUAACCGCACUUUUGUCUGAAUCAUACUUCUUUAGCAAUGUAUCCAUUUUUUUCUUGGAUUUAACCAUAGAAGCUACGCUAAUAAAAUAUUAGAAUUACCCAUCCUGAUUCAAGUUCGUAACUGGAUAACAAUUGCAAGAGAUGUUGAUCCGACAUUGUUUUCUCAAUCAUGUUGAUGAUUUUUUUUUUUGGCGUUUGGCAAAACAUUGUUUAUUUCUAAAUAAUCUCGGGCGAGCCCGGACCUUUCCCGGCCCGACUACAAAAUAAACAUAAAAUACAUAUUUUUUUUUUCUUUUGUAUGAUACUUAAUCAUUAUACUAUCGCUAUUUUCAAAUUAACUAUAUUCAUUCGGGGUUUCUGGAAAAUUCACCGAGUGUUCCGAAAUCGGACAAAUACUUUCGACACUUUUUAUUAUAAUUGUUUAGCUUUAUUUCUUGUCAUUACGGAAGAAAAUAAUUCGUAAUUUUUUUUUUUUAAAGAACCUCACAAUAAUUUGUUUGGAACUGCGCAUUUUGUGUCGAAAAAUGAGUACUAGAAAAAAAAUACAAAUACAAACAAUAAUACCAGUUGGUAUAUAUUAUACAUUAUUACAACAUUAUAGGUGAUGUACCCGUGGAGCGGAAACGAAACCGGGAGUAGUAAAGAUCGAUUAACAAUAGUUGUUGCGUUUGCAUAAAAAAAUAUUACAUUCGUUUUGUUUUUACACGCCGCGCCGCCGCAGAUACGUUUUAGUAAUUUGACCCGCCGCGAACUAUUUGCUGUGGAACAACGAUAAUAAAGGUACACGCUCGAUCGAUGAAAACAUUACAACCGAUGUUGUUGCGCUCCGUACACGGUAUCGCGUUCGUCUUGCAGUGUGUACCUAAUGCUGGGGUUUUUUUUCUGUUUUAUGCGUGGUAGGCAUAGUAUAUUUUUUUAUUUCAUUUUUUAUCGUAAUGGAUUUCGAAAAUGUCAAAAAGUGACGUAUUUACGACGCAAGACGGUCACAAAAAAAACGCGCGCUCGAUGUUGUUGUUUACGCAUACCGUAAUGUAAGUUUACGCGUUGUUUACAUUCUGAGCGUAUUGCGCGAAGAAUGUAUGCGGGUUUCACACUUUUUACCGCGAUGUGUACUUUUUUUUUUAUUAUAAUUAUUAUUUUCGUGUCUGUAAAAUUUCACAACAACUUUUCUUUCAAAAUAAAUCUCACUCCAAUCUUCGUCAUCACGGGACUUCAUUGAGUCAUAAUGAAUUUUGUCUGCUCGAUGCGUUAGGCACCUCCAUCCCACCCAUUCAAUGAGAGCAUGAUUUGAUUUUCCUCGUAAUUUUCUUAAUAAUAGAAGAAAAACAAUAAAGGUUUCUGUUAAUUUCGAUUAUAAAUUAUUUGUUGUAAUUCGGUAAGAAAUGUGAAUGCUUUAGUUUCACUGAAUACCUACUUAUUUAGCGUUUUCAAAACAUUCCUGGGUUUUUUUUUAUGUUAUUUUUAGUUUUUUUCUUUAUUUUUUUUUUAGGAUUAACCAUAAUAUGUAAAAAAUCAAAAAAAAAAAUUUAUUUUUAUUAGCGUAUUAAGUUAAAAUGUAUUUUAAAAGUUUGUUGAAAACGUGAACGUAGUUUAUUUUUUUAUUACAAAUUAAUACGGUUUUCAAUUUAAAUACAUCAAAACACGUUUAACGUCUGACCGAACUUAGCUCGCAACUCCAUUCGCAACGAUCCAUCGAUACGUACAGAUAUAAACCUAAUUAGCCACAUGGCUUAUAUAUUCAACCUGCCAAAUUUUUAGAUCCUGAGCGCAGCCAGUUUAACUGUCAUUUCCAUAUAAUGGUCGUAAAAUGUAUAAAUCGUACGUAAUAUGUUUGAAAACGAAAAUGAAGUCACUCAAUUUUUUAAUUUUUUUUGGUUAACAAAAAUUUUACGUGAAAUUACUAACGAUUUAAACAGUAAUUAUAUUUACUAAGAAAGUUACAAAAAAAAAAAUAACGUUUAAUUUAAAAUUGCAGAAUUAUAAUAAUUAUAAUUAUUUAAUUUUGCUCUCAUGAACAUUUUUAAAAAAUGAGUUUACGUUGCGGAAGUCCAUAUUUUUUACAGGUUAAUAGAAUUAUACCUAUAUAAUAUAAUAGUUUGGGAUCGUAAAUUCAAUUAUAGAGUAUGAAAAAUGCAAAUAAAUUCUUAUCUAAAGGGUCGGCAGUACUGUCGGUUAGACGAUACUACCGCCCGAAGAAUAAAGGUAUACUAAAAAAACGCACCUAUCCGCGAGUUCGGACUGCGAGUUCGGUAAAACCUAUAUUUUUAUAUUUUUAACGGUUAGUAUACGACAAUUAUAUUAAAAUAAUCGAUUUUAGGUCAAAGUUUGCGUUAAUAAUACUAUUCAUAAAAAAAUCAAUAUAUUAUUAGGUAUGUAUACAUUUUAUAAUAAUUAUAGGUUUGCGCGUGUUAGACGUAUCUUUAAUUUGUAAUACUGUGGCGCGUGAGUAAAAAACAUCAAUAUAAUCGACCAACGAUGCGUCACUACAACCUGCCAAAUUCUUCCUUUCACCGAUUGUUAUUUUUUUCGUAUCGUAGAUCGACAAUAAAUGUUAUCGUAACGAACUACGGACAUUCCGACAGAUUAUCAUUAUCAUCAGACAGGUAUAAUGUUUUAAUUUUUUUUCACGUGCGGAUCGAACACUUGAAAUCUAUAAUUAAUAAUAAUAAAGUACGAGUAGGUACCCGACAACGACCUCAUAAGCCGACGAUUUUUCAUAAUAAUAUUAUUGUACUUGGCGUCGGCGUCAUUUAUGGGAUUGCAAAUGGAUAUUUUUUCUAGUCAUUCUUUUAGCUUUUUCGGCCCGAAAGUCAGUAUUGAUUGGUCGCUGACUUUGUUUGAGUCAGGGAGGGAAAAACGUUUAAAUACAAAUUAUGUUUCAUAUACCUUUCGUUCGUAUAACCUGCAGAUAAUAUGUAUCUAUAUAAUCCGUGAUCAAAUUUUCGAGUUUACUUUUUUCGAACGAUUUUCACGUUUAAAAAGGAAAACGUAACAUUCAAACACCACGAAAAUACCACUGUUCAGCAUUAUCUAGAUGAAUAAUUAAUUAUCUUUUAUCUUAUCUAGAUAAAAAUCAAAAUUAAUUAUCUGAUGAAUUAUUUUAGAUGAAUAAUUGAGUUAUCUAACGUAAUUCAUCUAGAUAAAUAUAUAUAUAUAUAUAUAUACUUAUCCGAGAAAUUAAAAAAAUUGACCUUGAAAGUUAAAACCCACGUCUCAUUAGUAAAGCAACUUUAUAUAAAUAAAGAACAAAAUUAAAAACAUAAAGUAAUAGGUAAUAAUAUUAUCCGAGUCGAUUAUUUGUGUUAUUUCUAAAUUCUAAUAGAAAUUGUAGAUUGUGGAAUCUAGUAUAAAUUGAGAAAAUAUUGUAGAUUAAUUAAUAAAAUUAAAACAAUUUUAUCUUUUUUUUAAUCCAGAUAAAUAGUGUUUUAUCUUUUAUCUUUAUCUAGAUAAUUUAGAUUUUAACUAUCUUUUAUCUCUAUCUAGAUAAACUAUCUAAUUAUCUUUGAUCUGCAUCUAGAUACAUUUUUAGUUAUAUUUGCGCAACAAUAGAAAAUACAGACCUAUUUUACUGUAAGCAUAUGCAAAUUUGAAAUAACUAUCGAAUAAAAGCCAAUCAAUUGGAGCGAAGUAAGAACAUCUUUUUCUUUGUUUUGGUAAAUCAAACCCUUUUCUUCUUCGAUCGGCAAAUUCGGUAAGUUUGUCCCCGCAACAGUUUACCGUAAUUUAUUGUCGAAACGACGAUACUGCAGGUUCCAGCGUACUACGUUUUUAGUUUUUUAGUAACGCAAAAUGUAAUAAAAAUAAUAGUAAUAUUGAUAAAACUUCAAUUUGUGUGACGCCGCGCGGUAUCCCGCCAAGUUUCACCGAUAAUUUAUAAUUUGUGUUUGUGCGCGAGGUAUCCCGCUAAGUUUCACCAAUAAUUUAUAAUUUGCGUUUUUAUUGUCGGUUUAAAUUUAAUAACAAUUUUCAUUUUUAUGUGAAUUCCGUUACUUCGUUAUAAUAAUAAUGUUAUUUUACAAUCACCAACAAAGUAUAUAAUACAGUUAAAACAGUUGUAAAGAACAAUCAUAUUAUAUUACAUAAUAUUCAAUUUAUAUCUCCUCAUUAUUAUAAUAGACGCGGUUAUGUUUUUAUAACAGGUUCACGAUUAUUAUGAUAUUACCUACCUAUACCUACUUUUCGGAUUAAUAGUUGAAUGCUGUUAAUUCAUGUUGUUUAUACUGUAUAGGUAUCGUCUUAUCAAUGUUCCACCAUAAAAUAACGACGAUACCUUAUGCAUGUUUAAUAAUAUUAUGUAUACAUACUUAUGUUAUUUAUUAUAAUGUGUACUAACAUUAAUCAAAAUUCAACGUGUUUAUGCUCGUUAUUCGAACAAAAAAUAGUAAUAAUAAUGAUCGUCCUAAUAACGAAUAACGAUCAAUAAUAAUAAAUAAGUGCCACGGAAAUACGUUGUUAGGAUAUUAUAAUAUAGUAGAAGUGAUAUGGUUUUCGUCGAAUUGUUUUAAUUUUUGUUUCUUUUCAUUUUUUUUUUUUUCCUAUUAAUUUGUUUAACCGUAGGUAUUAUAUAAGAACGAGUGGUAAGUCGGUACAUUAAAUUUGAAAUAUUAUAAUAAACUCGCUAUUUUAAUUAUUAUUGUUCAACGGUUUUGUCGUAAUAGUGUUUUCGUUCAGAGUACGUAUACCUAUAAUACCGCGUGUCGUUGUUUUUUAUCGUCAUAUUAUCUAUAUAUUAUUAACUGUAAUACGCUGUCAAUUAUUUUUGACGGUUACAGGUAAAAAAAAAAUCUAAAAACUAUAAACAUUUAACUAUGAACGGUGGUAAUUCAUCCGGUCUAAGGGAAUUUUCCACAUGGCACCGAGUAAAUAUUAUAAAUCCGAAACUAUACAUCGUGUAAUACCUUUAAACCUGUUGCAUUUUCGGCAGUCGUUUAUUUUUUAAAAUAUUUCCGGGAGGGGAGCGGUGACAGCGUUGCAAACACGCUGGUCGCAACGAUCAUCCAUUUAUUCAGCAACGUUCGUUCGUAUCCGAUUUACGCGGGAAGUUCGUCAAAAUUUGUAAUUUGUAUAAUAUUUAUAAUAUCUAAAUAUUUGUGAGAAAAAAUAUUACCUAUAAAUAAACCUAUGGGGGUGCGAGAAGUGCCCACCUAUCGGAUUCUAUGACUUGCUCAAAAAAGCAAAUGAAAAUGUUUUAAGUACUAUAAUUAAAUAUUUUCACAAUAAACAUAUGAGUGAAUGCUCAACGAACAGGUUUGGUUUUUAGUGUAAUUUGCAAUGAUUGAACUCAAGCUAACCCAUGGGUAGGGACGCGCUACGAUUUUUUGUCGAGGUACUCAGUCUCAUAUCUCAUUCCUGUUGCCACUAAAUUCGUACAAUACUUAUAUCAAAACCUUGUAUUGACAUAACGGAUCUCAGCCAAUAAUACCUUUGGCCAAUAGUUACAAAUAAGUUGAAAGAAGUGUUGUUUUUUGAUCAUUCUGUAAAACUACAAAAACCGAUGUUCUACGCAAGCGAUAUUGCAGGCUAUUUAUUACGUGGGAUUAAUAAUCAAUGGAAAUAUCUGUUAUUUACAUCACGGCAUAGACACAAUUGGGGCGGGGGAGGGCGCUGGGGAUUUUUUAGCACCCCCAAGUUUAAAAUUAACACCUCCGAAAAAACCCAAUAAGCUUUUUCGUAGUAAUGACUAAAUAUUUUAUCCAUGUCUUUCAUAAUUAAUGAGUAGACAAAAUUAUAGAUUUCCUAUACAGACAAUACACGUGUGUAUGAAAAAUAAAUAUGAUAAAUUUGUAUACAAAAUUUUAAAUGAAAUGUGUAUUAGUUGCUUAUUGUAAAAGUCAUAUAAAGAGAAUUUUGAAGCAUAGCUCACAUAGGUUUUUUAUGUGUAUAUAAUUUUAGUACCCCCAAAGUUGGAAGUCUCGUCGCGCCUAUGCAUCGCGGAAAGAAUUUACAAAAUAAAUUUAUCCUGAGAAAAAAAAUCGACUAAGAAGCUAUAAAUGUGACGCGAAAUGUGAACUUUGUUUCGGGGGCGCGUAAAUCCCGAAUCCCACCGAGUCCGGCGGCGCACACAAAGAAGCCAAAAAAUAUCUUCGCGAGGACCGUACGCGUGACGUUGUUAUUACUGCAAUAAUAUUAUAAAAUAUUUCCGUGGGAAUGCUACGACCGUUAUGUAAAAUAUAACAAAAAGGGACAUGGAAAAAAAAAACCCUCAAUCUCGUUCGCUCCAGAUAAUCAUACAAUAAUAUACACAACGCCCCGUGUCUGUAUACAGUGCCGUGUAAGACGUGUAGUGACGUAGUGUACGAGUAUUAGAGUAGUGUACAUUAUUAUUAUUUAUUAUUAUUUGGCCGGGAGGACGGGCGAAUUAUUGUUGUUAUAGUAAUAAUAAUAAUAAUAUUAUUAUUAUUAUUAUUAUUACUGUGGUUUCCGAGGAGUAGAACAAUCGUCGUCAUCGUCGUUGUCGAGGACCUCGCCCCGAAACGGUUUUGGGAAAGAAAAAAUAAAAAUAAAAAUAUGCUGAUCCCGGGCGAAAAGUAAUAACAAAAAUAAAUAAAUAAAUAACAUAGUAGGCAUAGUAUACUUAUAUAUACAUUAAAAUAUAAUAAUAAAAUACUCGAUCUACUGCGCGCGCGCACUGAGCCGAGUGGUUGCUGCACGUUGCACGCGCGCCUUCGACAUUUCGGCUGACCCGGGACAUUAUUAUAAUAACAGCGGCAAUAAUAUAAAUAAAUAUCUGGCCGUUUCGGACUGUACACGAUAUUGUGUUAUAUAUAGGUACCUAGAAAAAGCGAUUUCUAUACACGGUCGGGUGGUAAAAAAAUAUGAAAAAAAAAAAAAUACGAGAACAGUACCGUGAGCGGGCGGCGGCGUACAUGUUAUUUUACGUGUGUACGCGUACACACGUGUAACUGUACAAAAAAACUAAAUAAAUAUUAUCGUGUACCUAUUAUCAUGCGCGUCUAUCGCGCUCUCUUCGCGCCCAUCUUCCUCUGAACGGAUAUAAAAUAUUAUUGUUGUGCUUCUCGGGUGACAAGGUCGCCGUCAGUCGGCGCGCGAGGGACGGGAGAAAAAAAAAACACCCCGACGGUUUUCACAAUGAGACGGGACCCCGCGAGUCGUUGUCCUGCGCCUAAUAUAUAUACCCGCUGUAGGUGUAUGAUUUUAUGAUCCAGACGAAUCGCUAUUUUUUUGUUUUUUUUUUUUAACCCCCUUAAAAAGGUUUUCCCAUUGUGAACGGCACGACAAUACACUAAUAAUACCUAGUUAAUGUGUUUACAAGAAAAUAUCAUAUAUAUAUAUAUAUAUAUAUAUAUACAUCGCGCGACUAUACAUAUAUGUACAUAAUAUAAAAUAAUAUUCCGUGUGCAGAGAGCACGAACAAAUAAAUUUUAAAAAAAAGACAUCUACUAAAAAUAGUAUAAUAUGGUAUUAAAUAAUAUUUGUAGAACAUACAGCAGGUGUCAUUUGAAAACGCCGACAAUAUUGAAAUUUGCGGUGUUUGUAAAACGUAACACGAUACAAUAAACGAAAUUAAAGAAUAAUAUAAUAAUAAGAAUAAGAAUAAUCAUUGAACAAUCGAUUCGGUUUUGUUUGCGUAGUGUUUAAUAUUAAAAAUAGUAUUUUAUUAUUUAGAAGUGAUUUAAAAUAGUUGUCCGUACAUAUUAUUAUGGAAAGAACGAUCAAAUUUCGAUGUCGGAUUAAGAGGACGUUAUACUCGCAUCUACUGUCUCGGUCCAACUACCGAGUAACAUGCAAAAAUAAAGCUUGUGAAGAAUGAGUAAAACAGGCUAGAUUUUGAAUUUAGAGUAAAAAUACGUAUAAGAAAUGUAUAGAGAAUGUCAUUAGUUUUUUUUGAUUUAUAAACUAUUAAAAAAGUUAAAGUCAUUAAAAAAAAGAAGAAAAAAAAAGGUUUUUGUAUCUUUUGUAUCGAGCUAUAUACUUUUAAUAAUACAAAAACCCUUUGAAAUUCUCACCAAAUUAUUGUUCUCUAUAAAUUUCAUAAUAGGUACUUUUACUUUAAAAUCAAAAUCAAGCUAGUUUUACUUGUUCUACGUAAGCAUUGGUUUUGCAUGUUACCUAGUAUUUGGAUUGAAAUAGUAGAUGCAGGUAUAACGUCCUCUUCAACGCACAAUCCAUAUUUCAUCGUUUCAUUGUUUUUAAAGAUUACGACUUAGGCGUGUACUUUAGUGAAGAAGCUAUUAUUGUCGAAUUUCCCUCGAAAGUAAUUUAGAAUUUGGACAAAAACUAAUAUGGUUGCCUUUUCAAAACGUGGUAAAAUUUUCAAAAUAUUUGUGCCAUAUAAUUUUGUGAGUUUUUACAUAGUUUUUAUUCAGUAAGUAGGUACUCUGUGGAUAAAAUUGUCAAACCAAAGAGAAAUGCUUGAAAAUUUAACAGGAGGUUCAUUAUAAGUCACACUUGGUAGGCAAAAAAAAAAAAAUUGAAUGUAAUGUAAAAUUUUUUUCAUAAGAAUUUUAAUAUAAGGUUAUGAUAAAAAUUGUAAAUAUUACAACCUUUGAAAACAUAUAGGUCAAACCGAACUUUGCUCAAAAUUGUUUUUCGUUAGCAGUGAUUAAUCGUGGCGUACAGUUAUAAAUUAAAUUCCUCUCUAUAUCCUACCUUCCUAACUUCUCACGUACAGCAGUGACCCACCCAUCGUGCAAAGUAUGUCCGUUUUUUUUUACAUUGUUGAUUUGGCAAUUACAAACAUAUUAAAUUAGGCGAAAUUAAAAAAAAAAUGGUUAAUCGUAUUUUAUAUCAGUUGUUAAACAUAACAACUCUUUGUUUUCAUUGAUAAGUGAUGGUAUAGUAUAUUUGUGUUUUUUUUUUCAUUUUUGAGUGUAGGUACCCGUAGUUUAUUUUUAAAUUACUCUCCUAGCGUAUUAUUUUCCAAUUUUGAGUAAAUUGAUUAUCAUAAUACAAAUAUAGAAGCCUUGACUCACCACUAAAAAAAAAAAAAAAAAAUAAGAAGUGUGCUCGAACUGCCACAUUUCUAUUCAUACUAUGAUUACAUAUUAUUUUAUUAAGUUUAUCCACCGCAGAUUCGAUGGAAGCCCGUAAGACAUACGACAAAAUAGUAUUUUGUAUCCUUGUGCAUUUCACAGUUACAUAGUUUUUAAUCUACACCGUAAACGGUUUUGCUAUAUACGAGUAUAAACAAUAAUCUAACAACUCGGUCAUAUUGAAUGGGGCAAGAUCGUUUUCCUAUAUUACUCAUUUUCCUACUCCUAAAAAAGAUACUUGCAAUGAUAACCUUGGUGAUAUAAUAGAAGUAAAACAAGUUUUUAAUAACAUUUUUUGCUUGUAAUGUUGUGCGAACAAUUUGAUAACGUUUUCUUGUUAUCAGUUAGUUUACAACUUAAAAAUAUCGGAAAAAAAAUGUUUCAAUGACAUUCAAAAUAUAAAUUAUUAAUUGUAAUCAAUCAGUUAAACAUAAUAAAUAGUACGUAAUAUUUUAUUGAUUAAUAUCCAGUCUUGGGUUGAAUAUAAACAUGUCCAGACAACUAUUCUUGGCCAGAAUAUUAUGAAAUGUAUACGCGUAUGUACACACAUUAUUGUAGGAGAAUGGCAGUUAACUUAUUUAUGUAAUGGUGAAAAAUAACGGUAUCUCAUUUUUGAAGGAAGUCAUUUUUAUCGUCGAUAACUGGAGUAGUAUAUAGAUAACCUAUAAAGUGUCCAGAAAACAAACAAAUUAAUACUACGUAGGUUAUCUAACAGUAUUCCUCACGUCGCCCCUCGGUGUAAGUGUUGCACUGGUGUACGUGAAAAAUACGAGUAGACACCUAUAUUUUAACAAUAAUAGUACCUAUACACUUUACACCGCCGGACGGGAAGUUACUAUAUAAUAUAAUACGUCUAAUAUACCUAAAUUGUGGCGGUAUAUAUAAUAUAAUAUGUAUAUCGGUGUUUGUUUAUUUGUCUAUUCGAAAAUGAAAAAAAAAAUCGUCGGUAAUUAUUUAAGUAUACAAAAAAAUACUGCAGGUUUUUCACGGGGAAAAACAAAAGACGAGUUCGAGUCCAUUCACAACACGUACAACACUUCAUCAGAGAGCCUCCGGCGGGUGAUGACGUGGAUCGUCACCGUCGUCGUCGCACAAAGACAAACCCGGUAGCCGAACGGUACCUAUAACAUCGUACAGCGUUUUACUGUAGUGGCAUGGUCCAGGUGAAUAAUUACCUUAGAACGCACGUGUUUGUGUGUGACGGCGUUUCGAGUUCUACUAAAUAACUUUUUAAACAUAUUUUUUAAAAUAAUAAAAUCGUAUAAAUAAAAUAAUAUUCAUAUUAUACACAGUUUCUUUGCAGUAUACGGCCACGGCCGGACCACCUGACAACCGUAGUCGGUACGGUUGGUUUUCUCUUUCUUCGGGAUGCACAUUAUUAUAAUUGCACCUGUUCGCAGAUGGUGCAGCAGGUUCUUAUGUUGUAGCGAUAGCGAUAGGAAAAAGGGGGGAAGGGGAUAUGGCGAAAAUUACACUCCUCGCAUUAUUAUUAUCAUCAUCAUUGUUAUAUUAUUAUAUGCGCUCUGAAGGGUGACCAUGAGAGGAAAAUCUCGAGACACAACGGUAAACACGGGGUUGAUAAAAAUAUUGUAUGUGUAACAUGACUCUUCCCCGUAUAGUUCAAUAAUAACCCGUGAGAAUAUUGCUACGUAUUCGACGAUUUCGGCCGAAAUUCAUUGAUCUUUUUCUGAAUAAUAGUUUUUUUUUUUUUUUGUCAAUACAUAAAGUCCCGAGUUGUUUUAGUGAAAUGACUAAUAAAUUAUAAGACGUAUAUAUACAUAAUAAUACGCCCUAUUGUAAGCUAUAAACACGCGACGGGUCGAUUAGAAAGCGAAAGGAUUAACUAUUGACAAACAAUUCAAUAUAAUAAUAUAUGUAAACACGUGUUACGUGUGUAUAGUGUGUCAUAAUUUAUGCGCUUAAAAAAAUGCCAAAAAUAAAUAUAGGCAACCUACGAACGGUAAAACGGUAAAUUAUACUUUUACGGGAAAAAUGGCGAACAAAUAUAUGAUUAUUAUAUCUAUAUGUACAUUUAGAAUUGUCUCUUCGAUAACUCAAUAACUGGAUAAGGUACCUUCGACACUUAUAAAACAGUAUCCAAUAUCGAAAUCGAGGUAAUUUUCGGUAUCUAUACCCAUUUUAUUAUGUCAAAAUGAUAAGGAAACCGCGAUAAUCACAUCGCGGUUAAAUUAAUUAGAUAAAAUUAAUUAUUUUAUUUUUCAAUUUGAUCAUGCGUUUUUAUUUCUAAAUUCUAAAUAGGGCGCUCGAAAAAUAUUUUUAUUACCUUUACUAAGGUAUUGAAUAUCGAAAGAAAAUCAGUACGAAUUUAUUCCAUCUUUAACAUUUUAAUUAUGUAUAUUAGAACUUUAGAAGACCGUUGACAUUAUACAAUAUUUUUUUUUGUUUACGUAGGUAUUGAGUGAGUUAUAUUUUUUAAAUUAUAAACCUGUCAUUCGAACAUAAACAAGUGGAAACCCUUGAGUGUAUAUCAUAACGUAUAGUGUGGUACAUUUUCACUUUAUAAUAUACUUCAAUAUAAUAAAUAUAGGUAUCCUUAAAACUUAUAUACACAAUACAAUCACCGACAGAGUUGCGUGUAAAUCCAUUAGAAUUUAUAUUAUGUUAUAUUGAUGGAUGGUAUAACACGAUUAUUAUGAUGUGAGAAGGCGCCCUAUAAUGGUACCGCACUACUGUAGUUGCCGUAUACUUUAUUAUUUAUAAAGUCACAAAAAACAAAAAACAAAAACACAUAAUGGUUGUGACAUGAUGGACGUAUAUGAAUAAUAAUAAUUUUGCACUUCACUGCGUAACAAUAAUAUGAGGUUUACUUCAUAUUAUUAUAGUUAACAAGUGCAAUCACUUCAAACAACGACAAAUCAGUGUAAUCAAAAUAAAAAAAAGAUUCUUAGUGGAGUUUGGUUAACUAGUAAGUUAGCCAAAAUAAGGGUGACUUAAAAAUCAACAACAAUGAAACCAACGCGUCAUCAUUUGUUGUCGGUUAUAUUAAUUUUGUAGAAAAACUGUAGGGAAUCUAGAAUUUUGUUUACAAAUAAAUAGAACCAUCAGGCGUUAAAUCCGUAUCGUUUAAGGUAGAAGUGAAAAAAAUCUGAGUGUUUUUAAUAACCGGAAAAGUUUUUGAUCUUAAUAGUAAAACUAAUAGCUACACUUAGAAUCGAAAAACGUAUACAUCUUUAUUACAGAGAACAAUUAAUAGUAAGUAGUUAGGUACUUAUAUGUUUAUAUUUCGAUGUAUCUUGUAUAAUAUUAUAAUAUUGUUUUUCGUAAAUUAAGUAUUAUGUUUAGCUCUUAUGUGGUCUAUUUGACAUUUUUUUUUUAAAGUCACUAUAUUAUUUAUUAUAAUUGACAAUUUCCACUUGUUUUAAACAUAAUAUAUAAGUACAUAAUUACGUUUUGUUCUAUAUAGUCUACGACGGCGACGACGGGGAAUUGACGUACAAUACAAUAAAACAACACGGUAAAACACAGCAUCGUAUAUUAUUGUACGUAUAAAUUGUUAUAAACAAAUGUUAACCAACUUAAGGUGGUAAAAUAGAAUUGAAUACCCGCCUAUAAUACUCGUACAUAUCCAUAAACUCGUCGCCACGCUAUUAUAUAUUUUCAACGAAACGAAAUGGGCAUUAUAUUUAGUAGCUGGCCGCGGGUCUAUUGUGAUGCAAAUGUGCGUAUUUGACCACCUAUGGUUAUUAUUGUCUCGUUGGAGAAUUUUUUUUUUUUUGUUCGAACCGAUAUUGGACCAAAUCAUGAUGUCAUUCAAAGUUUUCGUUAUUAAAAUAUUUAUGUUAUAUACGUACUCGUUUAGCUAUACAUAUUAUGCGAUAAUUGACCAUAAAUAUUUUUAACUACUGCUGCAGCGCGAGCUCAGGUAAUAGGUACCUACCUGUAAUACUAUAAUAUAUAUUAUCUAUCCAUGGGGCCUUGGUCGGUACAUAUUGAUUUUAGUUGUUUACAGGGUGUUUCGGGUUGAUUCGUACAAAAUUUGAUAAUGAUUUCAUGAUAAGUCAGGAUGAGUAUAAUAUCGAUAACUUCCAUUAUCACGUUUUAUAUUGAAUGUCAUACACAAUCGAAUGAAAAGUGAGAUUUUUCGUACACCAAAACUCCAAUUUUGAUGUACCAGUAAAUUGUUGAUAAUUUUUUUGAACGCUGGCGUAUGGAAAUCUAAAAAUCGAGUUUAUUACAGUAUUAGUUUUCGAUUCCAUUCACCGAUACAUCAUAAAAUUGUUCUCGAGUUUGUACAGAUAAUCCUGAAACACCCUGUAUAAUUGGAAACGGGUCAACUGAUGUUGGGCAAUAGUUUAAUAAUAAUCAUAACUCAUGAGCCCUCGAGAAGAGAUCAAAUCUUAUAUCCAACAUAUCUAUUACUGCGUGUAGGUAAUGCACACACAAUGUUAAAAAUCAGAAAUUUUCCUGCGCACUGUGUACUGGAUAUCUCAUUUAGUUUUAACACGUCAUUAUAAUAUAAUACAGUAAUAAUAGUAUAAUGUGCAUGCGUACGAGAUUAUUAAAUCUUGCGGUUUCGCGUUCUGGACGAGUUAUAUUUAUAUCCUUCGACCUUGAUAAAAAUGUAAUAUUUUGUUAUUUAAUUUAUAUUAUUUAUACAGUAAUAGUAAAUAAUCGUAAGAACGACCAGUCCAAUGACGGCGGUCGUCGUUUCUUAUUAUUUUUUCUCGCCGCGAGCGCCGUUUAGGAUGUGCGGUAAAAAUGAAUUUUCACAGUUUUUAAAAUAAUCUAUUAGGUAUGUAUAUUAUGCAAUAAACACAAACAGCAGCCACAGAUUCUAUAUAGAGCUAGGAAUAUGUUAUACGUUUGAAACUAAUGCAUGGCAAUCGACUCUGCUGCGGUGAUUCCCGAAAAGAAAUAUGUGUACAUUUUACUAGAUUCGGAGGGUAGCGAGGACAUUUAUUAGGUUUACAAUAAUAUUUAUUUUUUUUUCUGUAUGCAAAUUUUGCUUGAAAAUUUAACGGAGGUUCAUUAUAAGUCGAAUUUUGAGGAUUAAAUGUAAUGUAGAAUAUUUUUUUUAAUAGAAUUUUAAUAUUACAUUUUGACGAAAAUCGUAAAUAUUACAACCUUUAUAAUUUCAAAACAUAUAGAUAUAAACGCACACCGCUCAGAAUCGUUUUUCGUUAGCAAAGAUUAAUCGUUGUAUACAUAUAGAUAUUAAAUUAAAACUCUAUCCUACCUUCUCAACUUCAAACCCUUCGUGCGAAGUAUGUUCGUUUUUUUAAAUUUGGAUUUAUAAAAUAUGAAUACUGAAUAGGUAUUAACAUAGAAAUAAAUUUUAAAAAACCGUCAUAAUAUAAUAUAAUAUUAUAUUAUAUUAUAUUAUUGUAUUGUAUGAAACUAUCCUCAUAGUCUAGUCUUAAUUUAAGACUAUGAAAAUGAGAGAUAAUAGCGUGUACGUGUGUGCCUAUGGCAGGUACUUUAUUAUUGCUUAAAAAAAGUAAAAGAGUGUCUAUCUAUAUCGUUUAUGAUAAUUUGCAUUAUUACAUGCAAACAUAUACAUACAAUAUAGUAAAGACUGAAGAAAAAUUAUCCGCACUGUAAACGUUAUAAAAUAUGCAUUUCGAAAUAAUAUUAUUUUGCACGAUGCCAAAAAAAUAAAAAAUUGUCAUUGCGUAGUUACGUAGUAAAAGUACCCUUCCAAACUAUGUUGUGAUAUGUAUUUACAUUUUCAGCUCUCAAUUCGUAAUCCGUACACCAGUACUAUACCUAUACAAUCUGUGUUGUUUAAAAAUUGUAUUUGCCGUCUUUGUCUUUCUAACGGAUAAUAUAUGAAAAAUGUGCUUUUGUGGUAAUCUGUAACUUUAAUAAACUAUUAGAGCAACAUUGUUUUCCUCAAAUUAAAGACGGCAGCAUUUACUAUGUAUUUUUUCAUAAUUUCAUAAUAAUUUCAAUUCUUUACGAAUACACUGUCUGUGAAUUAAAUAACAUGAAAAAUCCCUCCGUGAAAACAUAAUAAGUAUAGUAAACAACAUUAACAUCAUUAAUUUUGUGAAAUAAUUUUGGUUUUAUUAUACAAGUCAGAAGCCUAGGACAUUAAUAUAUAACGUACGAUGGCUAAACGUGACAAGGAUUUUUUCGAAAGGGCUUUUCGUUCACUUCAAAUUCUUUACUACUACUCCCGCCCUCGUAACUCGUUAUUAAACACUCAACUGUUAUCUCUAUAAUUUCAUAGGAAAACACAUAUUAUAAAUAAAAAUCUCAUAUAAUUGUUGUCAAAUGUUGAAGUAUAAUUAUUAAGCGUGACAAAUAUUUUUUUAAAAACAUUUAAAAUGAUUUUUAUUUUUAAAUUUAAUGGUAUUAUUCACAAAUACAAAUACUUAAAUAAAAAAUGUACAAACAAAAUAAAUAAACAUUUUACAGGAAUUCGUUUAAUCAUAGGCACUUAACCCCACCAUUUUUAUCGGAGUUGCAAAUUAAUAGCUACGCUAACCUAUGAGUAAUUUGCAAAAAAUACCAUUUUUUUUUUCAGUAUAUGAUCACACUAAUGAUCAUACUAUAAUCACUAAUAAUUAAUAUACUAUCGGCUGACGGCUAUAUUGAAUUUGAAUCUAAAAUUACCACUAAACUAAUAUUACUAAUAUGUUUACAUAUUUAUUCGAUACAUUUCCACUUAAUGCUGGUAAACAAUUGACUAUAGGGCUUUUCGAUCCACCUGCUUCCUCGGUUCAUCAGACCAUAACUGAAUUAAACGCAAUACAUUAUUUGUUACCCCGUGAUUUUACUCCAAAUAAGUAUUUUAUUUAGUAUUUAGUAUUUUAAUUUAGGUAUUUUAUACUACAAAAUCUACUCCCCCCCCCCGAGUUAAUUGUAAUUUUCCAUGUUUUUAAUGUGUUUAAUUAACACGGUUCAUGCGAGGGGACGUUCAAACCAAACCCCAAGCGCCGUUGACUUUUAUCAUGUAUAGAUAUUUGCAGUACUAUAAUUUUGUAAAAAGCGUACACCGAUUUUAAAAUCGGCAGUUCCUUAUGUACUAAUGGAUAAGAUGCACCGUGCACAUCGGCAAGAAUUAUUACGAAUUCCGAUCACAAACAUUAAUAUUGUCAUAAACGCGUGUGGCGGUCUUGCGUCUAUUGUUCGCCGUCGUAAUAAUAUUAUAAUAACAAAUAAAUAAAAGCGUUUCCUAGUCGUCGCCAACGAAACCGCCACCAUAAUAUUGUCAUGCGAUUUUAUUAAGUAUUAUUUUUUUUUGAAGUGCGUGCUCUCGGAUGAGUCACGCGCGUUUUCAAACAUAAUAUGUGUAUAAAUAAAGUAUAUUUACGACACAUGAUUAUAACAGUGUAAUAUCAAUACUCUUUUUAGCGCAUAGUUAUGAGGUUUUGUUUCAACAAGUCCGUAUAACAGUGUAUAUAUAUAUAUAGGGGUUAACGGGAGAGAAUAGAGAGGUUACAAAAAAGUGUCGUUAAUUUGUUACGCACAAAUCCAAAUUACUGCAGUGUAACUGAUGCGCGUGAUGUAUAGACAGCGCUAGAAACCCCCAUCGUACUUCUAUAUGUAAGUAUAUAAAAUUAUUCUAUUGUCUUUAAUUGGUUCUUAAUUGCGCGCGCGUAUAACGCGGUUUUACGAGUUCAAAGGGUCGAAAUUAGUUUUGUGUUGCUUUUUUUUUUCUUAGUCGAUCUAAAAACGCGAAAAUUAACAGAAAAAAAAAAUACUCAAAACUAAUUUAUAUUAUAGUACCACCCGUGAGUUUUUUUUUUAUAGGCUUAUAGUAAUUGAACGAUACUUAUACUUACUAUAUUAUUCUAUAAUAAUUGUACAUCAACUAUAUUAUAUACGGUAUAUUUGACCGACUGAUGGAUUAGUUAUUAUUACUAAUUAAUAUUUGUGCUGUUGUAUUGUUUAUUAAUACUUUUUUUUUAUAGAGUAUGGUAAUUUUUUUUUUUUUUUUUAAUUUUAGAUUUUGAGUUUACUUGCCGAAAAAGCUAUUACAGACUAUAGCUUUACUAAAAUCGUAUGUUUUUCUCGUGGAAAACAAUGCUCGGCGAUAGGUAUCUAUAUAGUUAUACUUUAUUUGAAAAUAUGUCAAAAUACCCAACAGUAUUGUUUUAAAAAACUAAAUCAAACCUGACAACAAAUGUCAAAUUGUUCAUGAAAUCGGUAUUAUAAAAUUUUUUGAUUUCAAAUAACGGGAAAAGACACGACUAUAAUAUUAGGAUAACCUCAUCCGUCCCAAUCCAUACAAUUUUUCUAGGGGGGGGGGUGUAUUACUUUUUUUUUUUGGUUAUCUAGAUUCUAGAUUAUAUACACUCUUACUAAAACCAGUCAAGGUUAAUUAUUAAUUUAACGGGGGGUCAAACAAAAUUCCAGGGGGGCUAUCGCCCCCUUUGUCAUAUACCUGAUUUCAACACUAAUACCGAGCUCUGUUCAGAAUCGUUUUUCGAUAUUCGUUACUUUCGGUGGUGUUAUAGCUUCCAAGAAUUCCACCCACGGCAGUCUGGCUUUUUGAAAUAAUCUGUUUGUUAUUAUAUUUUAUUAAAAAAACGUUGUUUAAACACGUCGAAACAUUAAAUAAUGUGUUAAUAAUUAUUUCUUUACGUAUAUUACGGAAGAGAAGAAACAAGUUUUCCGUGCGAAUUUCAAAAUGCUAAUUAAAUUCGAAAAUAUAAAUAAUAAUUAUUAUAUUUGUGCGAUAUAAUAAUAAUGAUAAAUUGACGAAGGGUUGAGAGAGAUAACUCUCUCAACACGAAGGCCGAAGAAUAAUAUUAUAUUCACGAAUUAUUAAAAAAAAAAACCAAGUAACAAAAACACAACCUGUCAGCCAUGUGUAUAAUUUUUUACAUUUAUAUAUGUGUAUGUGUGUGUAUGCGUGUGCGGUAUAUGUGUUAUUAUACCUAUACAUUAUUUUAUCAAUGUAUGAGAUGUAAAUUAUUCAAUUGGAAUACACCUCGAAAAAAAACUGCAUAGACAUGAAAAAAAAAAUGUAAUUCUACAAAACAUAUAUUAUCAACCAUUAAGGUGUUUUGUUUUAUUAGUUUUUUUUUUUUCGUAAGGGUAUCAUACUUAUUGUAUAUUUUUAUUUUUUUUUAUAUAAUUUUUUAUCAGAAAAACAAACGGCGUGAUGGCGGUGGCGGCGGCUUAUUGUAAUAUCGAAUUACGAUCGUAUAAUUCAAUUAUUAUUAUAUAUAUAUAUAUAUAUUGUGUAAAACAAACUAUGCAAGUAUACGUAAAAAUGAACUGUAUACAAACCGUUUGCGUUAGAAUAUCCAUGUAUUGAUAUUAAAUAAAAAGUAUUAUUAUUAAAAAAUUGACCGUAUGAUAAUGAUAAUGAUUUAAUACGUAUUUUCUUCUAUACAAUAUAUAAUAGCACAAUGUUAAACAUUUAUAACCAAUACGUAUAAUAUACAUCGUACCGUCUUGUUAUGACUCGUUUCAUAGAUUUAUUAUUAUUAUUUAUUUUUUUUUUUUUAUUAUUAUUUAUUAAAUAUGGGUACGUUGCGUUUCUACACGCACCGUGGGAAAUUUUUUUGUAUAGAAGUUUAUUACGUUAUUGUCCGGUGAUUCGGAGGAAAACAUAAUAUUAAUAAUAAUAAUAAUACGUAGUGUUGAUAAUAAUAUUAUAUGUAACGAGUGUAUGACACAGUGAGGAAUCGGGGAAAAAAACUGUACGUUCCAAUAAAGAACAAAUGAUUCUAUUUGAAGAAUGCCGUGGUUUUACACGAAGAAACGCGUUAUCGUUUUCGACACGAAUUUAAAAGGACGCCCCACACCGCCAUCUAUCGACAUCAUUUUACAUACGCGAGACAUAACACAUUUGCUUUCGGUAAGACACAUUUCGUGCCGUUAUAGUUUUAAUAUUAAAGCAAACUGACCUCUAACCAAAAUUAAAGGUAAGAAUAUGUGCUCUAGCGUUGAUGUUUUUUCGAUAUUUUUAUUUUUAAACAAAAUAUAAUCAUUUUUAAACUGUGAUAUUUAACAUACUCAUGCUCAUUUAAAAAUAAAAAUAUCGGCAAAUCAUCAACGCUAGAACACAUUAUAUAAUCUUCUUUCCUUUAAUUUGCUUUGAUAUUAAAAUUAACGGCACAAAAUGUGUUCUACCGAACGCAAAUUUGCUAUGUUUCGCGUUUGUAAGGCGGAGACAGUAUGAUAGAUUUCGGUGUGGCGUCCUCUUAAGAGAUAUUAAUACAUGAUUACGUAUUUAUUUAGUGUAGGAUAGGAUCAUUAAUAAUAAAUUAAAAAAACAAAGGUGUUAAUUAGCGUUUUAAAAAUUGUUAUAUAACAUAUUUAUCAGUUGAAUAUCUUUAUAACACAGAAACAAAAAAAAAAAAACGAUUUUUUUUUUGUUCCGAUAUUAAUUUUAAUACAUCUGCAAGAAUACGUCAAAACGAAUCGAUUUACUAAAUAAUAUCAGUGGAAAAAAAAAAAGAAGAAAAUGUCAGCCGUUGAUCCCAUAAUAAUAAUAAUUUUCAACUCAUCAUCCGAACCAAUUUUUAUCGAUAAAUCGAUAUUCAAUGGACCCAAGUGAGUUGGUUAUCGCACAAUUCAUAACAAAUAACAUUUUACAAUCGACAAAUGAAACAUAUCUUAUAUUGUGAUCGCACCUAUUAUGUAAUAUUAUCGAUGCUCGUAUUGAAGGGGUAGUUAGGGGGAUGGAGUACCUCAGCAAAUUUUUUUUUAUAAGUUUAAGCAUACCUCUAUUAUUAGUUUCAAGUGAAAAGCGUAGGACGCAGUAGUGGAUACAAGGGGGGGGGCGAUCGCCUCCUCCCUUGAACAAAAUAAGGAAGGAGGGGUAAUUUCGAAAAUGCAUAUAAGGCACGCAUUUAUGAUGAAUCAAGAGUAUAUUGGAGAGAAAACGGAGGAGGGAUGCGAUCGCCUCCAUCUCCAAUUUUAUAUAACUGUAGCUAAAAAUAUCUUUUAAAUUUAUGUGCGAUUUGUUGCAAUUUUCAUAGAAAAUUAUAAUUGGCCGAUUUGUGUUAAAAUAAUAAAGAUACAAUGCUCAUAAAAUAUUGUUCCAUUUACAGCAUGACGGUCGAGUGUUAGAAUUUGUACACAUUUCCAUAUAAAUAUUAUUAAAUAAUAAUGACCGAGCAAAAUAUUAAAUUUGGACUUCUAAAAAUAAAUUGACGGCGUUCGAUGAAUUAAAAAUAUUAUUUCAUUGAAUGUCUCGGAAUAGUUACACGAAAUUCAAGAACACUUUCGAUAGACUCAAUUGCAGAUUAAGUGUAUUGCUGAGUGAUUCGAUAUACAUAUAAGACACACGUGUUUAUACAUCGUUAUGAUAUCAUAUUAUACUUACGUUUCUAUAAACAUUAUAAUGGUUCGUUGACGAUUUUUCUAAACAUACCUGCAGCUAAAAAUAUGGUCAGGAUUAAAACAUAUUAUAAUACAGAAGAACGAGUUUGUCUAUAUGUAUGUAUAUACGAUCAGAGGCGAAACAAACGUGGUUUUAUGUAAGAUUUAGAGGUGUCGGUUCUCAAAAUAAAAAUCAAAAAUAAUCAAAUAUCAAUAGUACUCUUAUAUUACUAAUUCCGUAAAAAUAGGUGCAAAUAUUGAUAUGCACAUAGUGAUUUUUUUUUUAUCAUAAUUCAGCAAUUUUCUCGUAGGAUUUUAAGUGAAUUUGUUUACUGUUCUUUUUUUUUUAGAUUCUGAGUAGAACGAGGAAAAAUAUGUUUUACAAUGACGUUUUUUUUUUAUCUGUGAACAAAUUUUCUACUUACAAUAUUGCUAUAAUUUACAAUGAUAGCACUUUUCCUGAAAGGAAAUAUGACCGUGGUGGUAUUUUAGGGAGUCCAUAUUUGGAUUUUUCUAGCUGCAAAUAGGUACAAUAUUAAAUAAAUAUUAUUAAAGAAAAUAUACAAUACAUAUGUAACUAUUUUACCAAAAUAUGACAUAUGUAUUGUUGACAAAUCAAUACUAUCAACCGAACUCUGCUCAAAAUUGUUUUUCAUCAGCAAUGGUGAAUCGUUGAGUACUGAUUUUUUUUUCAUUAUCAUUGUGGAAUCGUUUAAGCUUUAUUUUGAAACCGUUUUUAAUUUUUUACGCCUACUCCAUAUACCUUAAAUAAGUAUAAGUAUUUUUAUUGUUCUAAUAGAGAUCUCUCUUUUUGAACACAGAUUCGAAUAGAGAUUAUUUUUCUAGACAUUUUGAUAUGCAUAACACUAAUAUCAGAUUUACCGUUAAUGAUAGUUAUAACUGUUAAAAGUAAAGCCCGGAAGAAUUCCCCACUCUUGAGUUUUCAAUUUAUCAUUUAAAAAUAUAUGUGUAAUUCAUUACUUUUCCCUACACUUCCGGUAUAUUUAUAUACUUUAAAUGGUUAUAACUCAUAAACGGUAAAUCUAAUAUAAAUACCAUGCAUAUCAAAAUAUCUAGAACAAUAAUCUCUAUUCGAAUCUGUAUUCAAAAAGAAAAAUUUGAAAAAAUGUAAAUUUUUUUCAGUUUCUCCUAUUUAAAAAUUUUAUCAUGAACAUGUUUCGGUGAUUUCGUUGAUAAUUGCAACGCAAAAAUAAUAAUUGAUUUUCCGUGAAUAUAUAAAUUAGUUUCUAAUCAUUUUAAAACUGUUUAACUUUAUUGUAAUAUAAAAGCAACGUAUGGUUGCGGCGGUUUGCAGACUCGAAAACUGAUCGAUCGAACUCGAUCGAUUUGGUUGAAAAUGUCAUGAUUCGUUCACAUAUUCGUUCCAGAAACGUAUAGACAGUGGGUUUGAACAGGAAAUUUGACCAUCUAAAACUACGCUCUCGAAGUAAAUUCGCUCAUGAAACACAAGAAUUUCGCAUUUUUUGUUUUUGGUUUUAUCUGCGUGCAGACUCGUUAUUUUACACGAUUUAGAUUAGGUUCAAUACCGCAGGCGGACAAAGCAGCGAGGUAAUGGAAAUUAUUGUAUUAAAAAAGAAAUUUAAUUCGAAACGGGUCCGGCUCCCGCGUUGGCCCUAACGAGACGUCGUCGGUGCAGGUCGCGGUCGCUUCGGUUACCUAUCGGUAUAAUAAAAAAAAAAAAACCGAAUAUUGUACCGCCGUCGGCGCCGAGUUGUCGUCGGGCCCGGUGCGAUUAACAGGUACUGUGGCGGUGCGAGUGGCGGUAGGGGAGGUGGGGGUGGCGCGACGAGCCGUUUCUCGUACGACGUUGUCCACCCUUAGCGCGCGCGUCGGCGGCGGCGGCGCGACAGCGUCGGCGACGGUUGGUGCCGUCCACCCGACUCGAGUGCUCGACACGCGUCGCCGCGCUCCGUUCAGUCGUGUGCUCGCCGGCGUCUCCGUACGGCGUCUAUUCCGUCGUCGUUAUCGUCCGCGCGGUAUUUCUCCGUUGCCGCCGCCGUCGCCGUCGCCGGCCGGUCGUUUCGAAUGUUUUCGCGCCCGCGUAUUCAUUUAUCGGCGGUACGUUUUCGGCAGUGAAAAAAAUCAUGAAUAAACAAAUCGACUAGGUGUACCCGUUCUUAGUGUUGCGUUGUGUUUUUCAUUCGAAUUUUUUUUCCUCGUUAUCGCCGAAUUUUCAUGUUUUUGGCGAUGAAAGUCGGGUGCCCGUUUCCGUUGUCCGUCGGCCGCUACCAUUGAAAAGUUGUUUCCGCGACUUGCGCACGUAACAUCGGCGGUAGUCAGGUGAGUCUGCCCUCCUGGUUUUUUAAUUAUUUUCCACCCUCCCCCCAAACCGCCCGUCGGCGUGUUAAAAACAAUUAUAUAUAUAUACGUAUACGACUUCGUCACGGUGACGCCUAAAAUAUUUUAAACGGGUAGGGGGACUCGGUGAAUUUUGCAAUCCACUUGCAAUCGCUUGGGGGGAGGGGGUAGCGAUUUUCCAUACAUUUUAAUAUUACCGAAACUGUCGAAAAACCACUUACCUAUAUCUGUUAUUGCAUUACGUUUUGAUCGGACGUUUAAGUAUACCAUUCAUAAUCUGACAAUAAUAAACACGCGCUUUUUAAACGUUCGGAGAUUAGCGGUCGGGCAAUUUCGAGGGACUGUGUAUUAGCCCCCUCCUCCCCCUCAACUCGCUCUCUGUGCCACUGAAUUUCGUCGCGUUUCUCCGUGCAAUCACGCCAUCGUUUCGGACGCCCUUUAGACACCGGGCUACCGCGGCCGAUAAAAUAAUAAUUACAAAAUACGCGCACAGUUGUAAUUUUAUUCCGAUUCGAUUACGGUACACACGGGUACGCCUAUACCUGUCCCAUGCCUCGCGUAUAAUAAUAAUACACGCUUCCUGCUGUACGUAUGAUAAUAACAAUAACGAACAAUAUGUAAACUAUAAAUUAUGCAUCUUAUCGUACGGCCCCGUGAAUUAUUAUAUUUUAUACUGUUGAACCGUGUAGUGAAAUCGACACGAUCGGUCCGUUUCGCCGGUGCCCGCGCCGCGACAACGAACGACAGUCGACGAACAAAUUCAACGAAAAUCCGCGGGAAAUUCUUUGGUCCCGCCGGAGUAGGGCUUAAAUAAAUUUGUUUUUUUUAAAUUUUCAUAAUUUCGUCUUUUGUUAUUAAUUGUGUCACCCUUUGUUUUCCCGUCCGAACGGCACAGCGGUACUUACGCCGUGCAUUUUCAAAAUGUCGAAUUCACUUGUAUUGAUAACUGAACGUAUCGAGUAAUAUUAUAGCAAGUGUAGUAAGUAUAAGCGCAAGUCACAGCGAUCGAAGAAUUAUUAGUACAAGUCUAAUAUCCAUUCGAAUUUAUAUUGAUAGGUUUUCGUGUAAUUGCAGGCACCGUUUCGCGAACGAAAUUCGAAUAAACCGGCCGACCGACCGCCGCGGUCCGUCAAUUGUUUGGCGAGCAUAUUAUACAUCGCUGCGCGUCCCCUCCCCACAUCAUCUUCAAAAAUAUAAAAAGGUGCCCGAGCAACAUUAUCCAGGAAAAAAACGCCCGAUCUAAAAACGUUAUAAGUAGGAGUCUAUACAACGUAGCAGACAGUACACAAAGUAGGCGAAAUCUUUAAACCACGUGUUCGCAUUCGGACGCGGACAACCGCCUUAAAAAACGACAGGCACCACCGUCCGAUAAUCAGCUGGAUUUUCGAACCGAACGUAUAAUUAAAAAAAAAAAAAGUUUUGUAAGCUUAGCUUACAAACGCUUAGCUUCGUCGUUUCGUUGGGGUAUCAGUAAUAUUAUUGGCUUGAAAUCGGCAAUCGGCUACAGGUGGUUUUUGGCCGUUGGUUAUACAAACUUAACGUAUGUCGUAUAAUGGUUACGAUGUCGCUGUACCUACCGUAUUUUUUUUUUUUUUUUAGAUUUGAGCGCAAUAAUAUUUUUUUUUUCUGUUAUAAUGUGUUUAUAUUUAUUUUUGUGACUGUAAACAACUUUUCUACCAGAAAUCUUGCGCAAAUCAAAAACCGUAUUGGUACGUUUCUUGUUCUAUUUUUAAUGUAAUUGAUUGACUAGUUUUUUGAUUUUCCUCGUAGCUUUCUCGACAAAUGGGAAAAACAGGCAAUUUUUGUCGAGUUCUGAUGGUUACCACGACGACAAAUACGAAUAAUAAAAACGCAAAAAAAUUAUUGUAACGGCAACAAGUCGGAGUUUUCCCACAAUUUCUUAUCGACAUAAAUUAAAUUGCUUAAUAAUAUAACUUUUAUUACGAUUUUAUUUUUGUCAUCGUCCGAAAAUAAUAAUUUAAAUUCAAAGAAUAAGUUCAUGUCAUCUUGAUUUACACCUCGGCCACGGCGUUUUAGAUCAUAAUAAUAUACAUUAAAUAAUAAAUUAAUGCGUGACAGCCUCUUGAUCUUGGAUCUCGGUCACUAUUAAGUAUAUUGAUAUAUUAAUAAAUAUUAAAUAACAAUAGUUAAUAAAUUUGAUAUGUUAUCAUAUUUAUUCGUCCGUUAUAAAUUAUUGUCGGGGCAAUAACGAUUGAUAAAUACAAUAAUCGACAAGUUCCACUCGUUUUAUUAUAUUAUGGCCGGUAAAUAUUUCAAAUGGAAUAAUAUAAUACCAUGUUUUUUUAAACCGAUAAAAUAAAUGCAACGGGUGUGGAAAUUAUUAAAAAGAAAAAAAACGCUUUAAAGUACAGACUUACCUAUGCCUAUAUAUUUUUAUAAAAUAAAAAAAUAAACGGUUUUUCGAUCGGAGCGAAUAUUAUUAUAAUACUCGUAUUAAAAAUGAUUCUGGGGAUAUAUAUUUUUUGGUCGAACAUAUACCUAAGCGUUGUUGUGCGUGUAAUGCGAUACCUGCUAACCACAAAAAUCCGUGUACUAUGUAGUGUGUGUAAAUAAUGCGUACAAUGUCCGAUUCACGAAUUAUAAAUAAUUUUUUUUUCUAGAGCAUUUAUACUUACACGCAAUCGGUCGAUAUUCGUUUAGAUUAUCGUUUUGUUUACACUCUUGGAUAGCGACGAAAAAACGACGAGAAUCGCCCGAAAGCCCGACAAAUCGCGCGUCAUACUCGUAUAUGAAUAUUAUUUUGAAAAGCAUUGCGACUUUGUGUAACGGAAUACGUGUAUAUUUUUUUUUUCUGCAUGUAUACGUAUAACAUCGCGAUAAGAUCCGCUGACGACAAUACCGUAUGUGUACAGUAUACAGAGCGGUUUUUUUUUGGUCCGGCGAUUUUCUCGUAACACUAUUUUCACAUUUUCACCGCCAUUCCUCAAGCGUUAUUAAAUUUUGAUUUUUAACCGACAACCACCCCCAUCUACUUUCGACAUAAAUUCGAUAAAACAAUAUUUUUCUAUAAAUCCCUAUAUCACGCGUAGCACGAAUAUCGGACGUACAGUUCGCGAGUUUUAUAGCGGUCCAGAUAUACGUACACCGCGAAGGAGUAGGUAUAAUAAGGAAAAGAGUAAAUACAUUUCGUGUCCAUUUUUAGACGGUAUCACAAUGUUAACGGAACGUCCAAUUAUUAUUGUGUUGUGCGUAUUGAAUUUAUUAGAAAAAUUUUCGCUUUUCGAAACGUAUAUUAAGAGGGUAAUUUGUUCAAAACUCGACCGAGAGAUUGGCAACCGUUGAAGUAACGGAACGUAUGUAAAGAUUUUGGUCGCCUUAGACGAUAUUCUACAAUGAGGGCUGAAAGUAAUCUAAGUAAAAUAUUCGUAAAUAAUUUAUUUAAAAAAAAAAAAUCACUCUGUAUAUCAAAUAAAAGAUAUUUAUGUAAUCGGAUUUUAUUCACAAACUAAUAAUAACGUUAUUUUUGGCAUAAGGGCGGGUAUAUUAUGCCGUUCAUGUGCCUAUGAUACGAGUAUAUACUGUUUAAAGCCCGUCCGGAGGAGACGCGGUUACAAGAGAAGCGUUUAAUGAUCGGAUACUUGGCAUUUUUUCGAUUAUUUUUUGUUCCCACGUAAUUCCACGAUCGUCUUCUCCGUCACGGCCUCGUCACUCCGCGACCCGUUUAUUUUACACUCGACGUCUACGCACUCAUAGAAAGGAAAAAAAUAUCGACGAACCGCCGGUUAUUAUGCCGCGUCCACACGUUGGUGCCGACGUUGGCUCGUGCGUAUGGGACAGCGCUCACACGACGAAGCCAAACAAAAGCCGACAUUCGGUUUCCAACGUAUUGGCCGACGUGUUCAACGGCCGGCGUAUCGACAAUGGUCCCGAUUCCUAUGACGUUUCGUCGUCAAAAUAGCGACGGGUAAGUUUCAAUACCGCGGCUAAUACGCGAUGUUGUUCUGUCGAUCACUCCCAGUGGCGUAUUUACCGGAAGGAGAUUAUAGCGAGUAUGUCUCCCCUUGAUUUUUUUUCAGUAUUUAUAAUUUAUAAGAUUGCAUAUAUUUCGAAUACAAAUUCCAUUAAUUUUUAGACAGAAAAAAACCCCAAACGUAUAUAUUGUCUUGUUUAAAACGAAACCUAUCUGGGGACCACUGUAAUAUGGUACUUACGUAUGAAUAAUAAAUCACUAACACUAAAAAUGUUUUUCGAUAUUGUAAUUUUACGGCAGAUUAAAUAGUAAAUUCGGUACCGACCAAAGUAUAUAAAUUGAAAAUUGAUUUUUUUAGAUUCCGAGUGAAACGAGGAAUGCAUUGGCUUUAAAAUGAUAUUUAUUUUUUUUUUUUCUGAACUUUUCUACCAGUAAUUUUGCUCCGAUUCACAAUGUUGGUUUACUUUUUCUGAAAGGAAAUCUGAAUGGGGCGGUACUUUACGGAGGUAAAACGUGAAUGGCCUCAAUGCCCCCCCCCCUCUGGAGCCGCGCCUGACUCCGCUUAGAAUUCGUUAGCAAUAUAGUUUAUCGCAGCUUAUACAGAUGUACAGUGGCUGCACCCGUCCCCCCUUUCUAUUUUCUCUCUUGUAAUAUGACUCGUUUUGAGAAUUCAAUACCGUCGCAAAAUCGUAAAUACGCCACUGGACAGUUAUCGGCGCCACUGCGGACCCGGCGUUACCGUUUAUAUUAGGCACGACGAUCAGCUGUCCGGGGUAAUUAUAUUUUAUAAGCUCGCCGGUGGAAUAUACGCGCGCUCGUUUGCCCACAGAACUAUUGUGUUUUUUCCCAUCUCGACCGAAAUAUCGGACUGCGUAUAUUAUUAUAAUCAUCGUAAUAAUAAUAUUAUUACUAUCAUACUUGGCUCGGUCGUUUCGAAACCGCUACAUUGUAAUAUUAUGUUCAUGUAUACAGCGUAUUAUAAUGUAAAUAAUAUACGGGAACGAGUUGUAAUUUAGGCGCGCCUACCGUUUAUAUUAUUAGAAUUACGUACGGCCGCGUGUAUAGGUAGGUAUAUCACGUAUAUAUUAUUAUUGUACCUCAUAUUGGAACGAAACGCGUAUAGAAGAAAAAAAAACCCCAAAAAUGUACACAGAUUACAAUAGUAUAUCGGUGGUACUAGUGAUGGGUCGAACUGUUCGAUUCUCGAACCGAACCGAACCUUCGAUUUUAGUUCGUUUCGAAAUUCGAACCUGCAAUAAUAAAAUUUCAAACCGAACUAUUUUGUAUCUACAGUUCGAAGUUCAAAUUCAAUUCGCACUGCUAUUUUUGUUUUUAUCAUCAAAUAUCAUAUGGAAAAGGGGUAUAAUAAAUGCGAUAACCUUGUGUAUUUCAACAAUGAGUACCUACAAUGAGUAUUGCAAUGAAAUGUGAAAAAUAUAUUUUUAAUUCAGGAAAACCCAUAAGUAGCAAUAUUCCACUGCUGUGUCCGUUAUCUUGUUAACAACAAUAAAAACACGUUAUAUAUACGUUAAUAUACAUUAAUAUACGUUAUUUUACGUUACAUAAGUACGUUGCAUUUCUGUAAUGUAUUUUGUUAGUUCAUGUGGUUAUAUCUAUAAAUUGCUACAGUGUUAUACAACUCGACUCUACUCAAUAAGACUUAAAAAUAAAAAAUGAAUUGCAAUAAUUAUGGUUGAUUUACAUUUUAUUACUAUGUAGUAUAUGGAAAACAAAAUUCACGUUUGACUUUGAAUUCGACUGUAAAAUAUAAAAGUUCGGUUCGGGUUCGGUUCGAUGCCAAAAAUCAGGAUUCGACCCAUCACUAAUCGGUACCCGCAGAGGUCGAGAGCGAAAUGAUAAUUCCGUACAGUGGUACUCAGUGUUAGGUUAGGUUGUGGACAUUUUUAUGUAAACAACACCGGUAACGUGCACAGGGGCGAUCGUUAGGGGUUAUAUCCCCUAUUUGACAAUGAUUAUUAUGUUUUGUUAUAAAUUUAUCUUCAAACGCUUUAAAUUCCGAGUCUGUGAACAACGUUGAUAUCAGAUUUCUUGCUCCGGCCAUUAACAUCAGAGAUGAUUUCUGCUAGCACAUUUUAUCUAAUCGGUGCUUCGAUGUUGUAAUUUUUAUAUUUUUUUUUUUAGAAAUUUACGCCAUAACGCGCUGUUUCUGUUAUGUUAACACUUUGUAGAUGUAAAAUAGUCUUGUAUUUAUUUUUAGUUAGGUAUUUGAAAUUGUCGUAUUUUUUUUUUAUUUUAUUAUGUUAUGUUAUUUUCGUAUGUGGAUAAAAUAUUUGUACUCUAUUUCAUCAGUGAUUUUAAAUUUUAAUGUUUGUUAUAAAUUUUAAUCCGGACCAAAAACAAGGACAAUAAUUAUUAUAAUUGUACAUAGUUGUACGAAUUAAUAAAUGUGAUAUUAUAAUAUGAUCGUCCGCUAGCCACCUAGCAAAACCUCUAGAGUGGAAAUUUUCAAGUCUGUUGUCCGCUUCUCCCGUAAAAUCGGUUACAACCGGCUUACAAUAGAGUUUUGCUGACAGGCCAACGGCGUUCAGUAUAUUUGAAUUCAACCGAGAAACCGUUUGAUCGAGCUUCCGCUCAGAAUCGUUUUUUGUUUUGCUACGAUUUUUCUUAUUUUUUCGCCCGUUUCGUUGUAUCGUAUUAUUAUAAAUAGCCGCGUGAUCCACGGGUGUAAAAACUUCGGCGGCGAUCGGUGUCAGCGUUCGCGGGCCCGUUCGAUAAAAAUACGCAAAACUUCUCCGCGUGGAUCGGGCGGCGGCGGCGGCGUUCGGAAAUAGGAAUUUGGCACUUUGCUCGCGCCGCCGCCGCCGAGCUCGCGAUAUUUACGCCCGAUGACACGACGCGUGGUGUAUAUUUUACGUUUAUUAUUAUUAUUAUUAUUAUUUUUUUUUUUUAUUAUUAUUAUUAUGAAGUACCGUACCGGGUCGGGUCCGGGGCCAAAUUUCAAGCAUUUAUUUACGUUUCGAUCCUUUCGAACGCUCCGCGUCGUUAUCAGUGCCGACCGAUUAUAUUGCCGUUUGUCCUAUGUAUAUAUUGUUUAUUAUAAUGUGUUAAUAGUAUAAACUUUAUACUCGCGAUAUUUCGAUUCCUCUCCCCCCCCCCCACGUGCCCCGACACCGGCUCGUGUAUACGUACGCGGAAUCGUGGCAAUCCGUUUCUUAUUCGGAAUAUUAUAGUUCGAGACGAGUGUAUAAUAUAUUUUUGUCGUGCUCUCGAAUCGGACACAUAAUCGAGAAGGGGGACACAUACACGUAUAAUACGAGACGUAGAAAAAAAAUUACCGUCCCUUAUUGCGAUCACUGAACCGAACCUUAACACGCGCGGGGUUUCGCGCACGUCGCUUUUCGAACAUAAUUCAAUAUAAUUGCAAUUACCUAUGUUUAGAAAGAGAAAAUAAUACGACUUAAUACUCAUGCAGUCGUAAGUUAUUGACAAACAGUGGACAUCCUCCUAUUCGAGCGUUGGUUUUAAACAUUAUUACUACUAAUACUUGUCAAGGGAACGCGAUACCCAACCAGCAUUUGUCGUUUCCGUCUUAAACGCACACGGCAAAAUCGCCUUGGUUUUUUCUCUUGAUAUUUUUAUUUUUAUUUCACAAAUCAUAUCUCGAUUAAAAAUCAAAAAUCAACGUAAAAAUACACAGAUAACGUUAAUGCCUUUAAGUUUUAUGUUAAUGUCAAUUCACUCUUAAUAUUUAAACUAAAACGGCACACAAUCGACCCAGUCGUGACCAGUUUUUCAUUUUGCAACGACAAAUACAUCACACACACAUGCUUUUUGUGAUUAUUAUAGAUAGGUACUCUAGUAUUUAUUUGACAAACGAAUUUUUUUUUUUCUUUUGUUUUCAUUAGAUUUUAUUGUAUACCCGUUGCACGGUCAGUAUUCAUGAAUUAAUAAUUUAAGUACGAUAUUUGAUUACGAAUAAUUUCGUGCAUAUAUUAUAUGACCAGCUAAGAGUCAUGACACUGUCAUAAAAAAAAAAAAAAAAUGUUAUGUAAUAUUCAAUUCCAACCUAUGAGUAUUGUGUGUGUCGAUAUUCAACCCGAACGAAUGAUUUCAAUUAUUGUACGUCUUUUUUUAAAAAAAAAAGAGCUGAUACUACUAAUGGGUGCUCUAAUGUUUUAGAUGGGAAGUUGAGAAGAUAAGAUACAUAAAGUUAUUUAAUUUAUAUCUGUAAGCAACGAUAAACCGUUUCUAACGAAAAACAGUUCGGAGCAAAAUUAUAUGUUUUGAAAUGCCGACAUAUUUACGAUUUUCGUCAAAAUUCGAUUUUAAAAUUCUUAUAAAAAAAAUUAAAAUACUUACUAAAUUACGCUCAAUUUUUUUUUUUCACCAUUAAAUACUACUUAUAAUGAGCGUCCUAUUAAAUUUUCAAGUAUUCAAGUAUCAAGUUAGGUCAAACAAUGAUAUUCACAUAGUACUUACGAAAUAAAACCUAUAUGUAAAAUAGGCAUAAAAACACACAAAUGCUUAAUAAUAAUCGUACGUCUUUUCGUCACGGCUUUUCUCUUUUGUUAUGAAAAUUGAUUGGAAAAUCCAUAAACGGCUUACUUCCUCAGCAACAAAAUCCAAAAUGCAAUAAUAAAAAAAAAAAAGGUUAUCUCUAGUCGUUAUUCGAUUAGAGAACGUUUUCUGUUUGAAAAUUAUUUUACAGGCAGAAAAAAACACACAUCCCAUUAAAUCCAAUAGAUCCCUCGUCCCACAUCAAAUCGAAAAAAAAACCCCUAUAACAAUUGUUAUUUUUUUAAUCGAAUUUUUGAAUGGUCGUAUAUUCGAAACUAAGAAGUUCUCGGCACUCGAUAUAAUAUUAUAUGGUUAUCGUUAAAUUUAAAAACAAGUGCCCAUAGUCAGUUUUCAUAAUGUAUAAGUAUAAUUUUUUUUUUUUUAUAGUUUUAUAGGUACCUAUAUAAAUAUUCGACGUAUUAUUAUUUCAUUGCGCUUGAAUAAUAUGUAUAGUUGUUUGCGUAAAAUACGAUAGCAGUUAUCACGCGGUUUUAUAAUUUUUUUUUGAAAUUUCAAAGGGCGUAUAAAAUCAUUGAAAUACGCGUUUAAUAUCGCGAAAUAAUAAUUUUUUCUCGUAUUAAUGACAGUUUUAAUUAUUUAUACCUGAAAAGAAAACCCGAGUACCCAAGUAAAUUAAAUGCAUAAAUAAUUUGUUUAUACAUGUGUCGCUACGUACCUACGUAACCGGCAAUAUAACGAACAUUAUAUUAUAAUUUUACAUUUCCUGAAAAAAAGCAAUUUAAAAUACAACAUUAAUAAUAGAUCGGGAAAAAUGUUGUUUGAAGAAACAAAACACCAAUUGAAUAGGGCGCAAUGUGUCGAGUCGUAAGAGGGGUAGAGGUUAGUAAAGGGCAAGGACGAAAUAUUGCUGCAGCGUUUGCCCUCAUACGUCAAAAGUAUACUAUACCGGAUUAGCCGUCACGAAUGUAUAUCCAACUAUUUUUUUAUUAUUAUUAUUUUUUUUUUUAUUUUAAAUUUGAAUAUCAUGUUAUAAAUACAAUUGAAUUUAUAAUUUAAUUAAUUUCACGGAUUUCCUGUCGCGGAAAAAGUUAUUUUAUUUUAAAACUGAUAUUUUUACAAACUUUGACUUCUGAUAUUGCAGUUUUAAAACGAAUAAAUACAUACCGCCAUUAGGCAAAAUUCCAUAUUGUAUUAUUGGAAAAUGAUACGUACGAUUAUAGUUUUCGUCUUGAUUUUAUUUUUUUUUAGAUUCUGAGCAGACCGAGGGAGGACCAAUACAUUAGUAUUGGUUUUACAGGAUGUUUAUUAUUAUUUUUUACACUGUGUACGAAAAUUCUACCAGAAAUUUUGCUCCGAAAUAUCAAGUAUAGCACUUUUUCUGAAAGGAAAUUUUCCUGGGCUGGUACUUUAAACGGGUCAUUUUUUGAUUUUCCCAGGGGUUUUCAUAAUAAAAUGGAAGAAAACUUAGGAAAAACGAAAAACUUUAAAAAAAAUAAUGCUUUUAUUAUUUUCAAUUUCGGUUUUUUGUUGUAAUUCAAUGAAAAAUAUUCGUAAAGACUUGAAAUAUUGAUAGAAAACUUUUAUUUGCCUUUUAUACCACGGUUAUAUUUUCAAAACAUGCGAGUCAUUUUUAAGCUAUAAAACAUUUUAAUUUUGCGAGUUUUUUAUGUAAUAUUUAUUCGGUAGGUACUCUGUGGGUAAAAUUAUUAAAUCAAACAGAAAUGCUUGACAAUUUAAAAAGAGGUUCAUUUUAAGUUGUACUUAGUAGUCAACAAUAAAAAGUUGUGUUUAAUGUAAUAUUUUGUUUUUUUUUUAUAAGAAUUUCAAUAUCAAAUUUUGACAAAAAUCGUGAAUAUUACGGCUUUAUAAACAUGCAUAACCGAACUUCGUUCAGAAUCGAUUUUUGUUAGCAAAGAUUAUACCACGUAUAGAUACAAAUAAAGUCCCCCAAUAUAUCCUACCUUCCCACCUUUUCACCUACAACAGUAGCCCACCCAUCGUGCAAAGUAUGUCCGUCUUUUUUGUAUUUACUCUUAUAAAUAAGACGUUUACUUUGAAUCUGAUCAAUUUCGCGUCACACCACUAACUAUUCAUUUAAUAUUCUUGAUCGGCACCGAUAGCCUCGUCCGAUUUACUUUAUCUACUCUACUACCUCAACCACCGCUUCAACUUUAUAGAGCGAAAUGCCGUGGAUUAAAACAUUGAAAUCUCUACAAAUUGCUUAAAAGUCGCCAAAAUAAUUUUAAAAAUUUGACUACGUCGAUAAAAGGUUAAUAGUAUUUUAAAAGUAUUCUAUGCAAAUUUAAGAGUUCUAUGAUUACUUUUGACCGAAUUACGAUAAAAAUUGAAAAUUUAAAAUAAUAAACCUUUUCAAGAUUUUAACUUUUUAGAGCUCCAACUAGAUCCAAAAUGCUACAAAAAAAGUCUCUUGUGAUGUUUGAUUGUAGCAAGAUUUCUGGUAGAAAAUUUAUUUACAGGCGGAAAAAAAAAUCUUUGGUGUAUCAUUAUAGUAAAAUCAAUAUAUUUACUCGAUCCUUGCUGCAGAAUCUAAAAAUAUCAAGAAUACAGAAUAUUCGAGUAUUGUUCUCGAAAGUACUAAAUAAUUUAAUUAAUAUUCGUAUACAAUAAAAAGCAAAAGUAUUAAAAUACUUUGAAUUUUUAACAACACAAACUUAUUUGUGUACGAGUAUUUUAAUAUGUAACUGGGUAUACCUAUUUGUAAUUUACACAAGUUAUACUUAUACCUAUACGUUACUAUUGUACAUGACUGGGUAAUUAAAAAGUGAAAAAAAAAGGAAUGAUUUUUGUAAUUAACGACUAUACUAUGUUAUAGCUAUACCUAGGUGCCUCUAUAGUUAAUUCAAUUUUUCCGUAAAAUUUUGUUUCGAGACAUUAUAUGACGCGCGGUCAUAUAAUAAAUAAUAAUUAUAUUCACACACUGCAGCGACCGCAGCGUGUGAACUUGUAACCGUGUUAAGGACGAAACAGUUUUUUUCCAUGUUUUUCAAUAGGUAUACUAUUCACCCUCCAUUCGUAUAUCUACCUAUGUUUCGUCGAUCAAACUUUCUAAUAUUCCACAAUAUUAUGCUUUAUAUGUGACUUACAUGUUACCUAAAUUUUAAAAAUAUUAUUAUUAUUUUUAAAUGACUAUACGCAAAAAUUAUCGUCUAAAAAUCAUAAACGCCAACGAUUUAAUUGUUUGGGCUAGUUAAUAAGAAAAACAAAUAAAAGUGAUUUAUUUGAUACAAUUAUACAGUGCGUCGAAUUACAAAAAAAAAAAAAAAACUAACGAUAGUUAAAUAAUAUACGACAACACGUAAAUAAAUCGAAAUCAAUAUUAUACACACACAAAUAAUAAUAUGAUCCGAUAAAACACUUAAUCGCGACUGUAAAACGUCUUGGAAUAAUAACGACUUUGUCCGCGCCCGACAUUAUAUAUCAUAUCAUUAUAUCAUGUGUGUAUACUAUUUUAUAGACAAACAUAACUAGCGAGAAAAAAAAACAAAUAAGCUGAUACUGCUCAUGAUUGAGCCUAUAUACUGUAAUCUAUAGGAAUAAAAGAAGGAUAAUAUAUAGGGUAAUUAUGAAUUUAAUUGAAUGCAUAUCUGUAUAACCCAUUGCUAACGAAAAACGACUCUAAGCGGAAUACUAUUAGUAGUAGUUGUUCACCCAUAAGUAUACUAAGUACAACUUAUAAUAAACCUUGUAUUGAAUUGUCAAGAAUUUCUGCUCAGCCAAAGCAAUUUUGUCCACCUAAACCAUAAAAACAAAACAAAAAUACGGAUAUAUUUCGCACGAUGGAUGCAGUCACUGUUGGUGGAAGUUGGGAAGGUAGGAUAUAGAGGAGAAAUUAAUUUGUAUCUGUAAGCAAAGAUAAACCAUUCCUUAUCAAAAACAAUUCUGAGCUGAAUUCAGCUGAUAAUGAUGCUUUGUCAACAAUAUGUAUAUGUCAUAUUAUGGUAAAAUAAUUAAAUAAGCAUUAUGUAUUUUCUUUAAUAAUAUUUGUUUAAUAUUGUACCAAUUUUCCCGUUUUUCGUUUUUGCCGGAAAAACUCUUAGGAAAAUCAAAAAAUUACCCCUGUAGAAUACCUUCCUAGUCAGAUAUUUUUUUAGAAAAAGUGCUAUCAUCUGAGCUACAAUCGGAGCAAAACUGCUGGUUGUUCACAGAAAAAAAACCAUAAUAUUUUAUUCAUUUAAUAUUAUAGUACUUUUUCUCUUUAUUGGGAAAACUGCAGGGAAAAUCAAAAAAUGAUCUCCCUAAAUGCCACCCCAAGAAAAUUUCCUUUCAGAAAAAGGUCUAUAUUGUAUACAUCAGAGUAAGCUUCUGGUAGAUAACAUAAAAACAUUCUAGAAUGUUUUGAAGAUUUUACCACGUCUAUAUAAAAUGCUAAAUAUUCUAUUUCAUAUCCCUACGAUUUAUUUUGAACCAAAUUACAACAAAAAAAUAAAACCCAAAAUAGUGAAACCGUUUUUGCCGCGAACUUUUUUCAUUUUUCCCAGUUAUUGUGAAAACUGUUUGGAAAACCAAAUAACCCCUUAAAAUACACAAAUUAGAUCCGGAAUUUUUAAAAAUAAAUUUCUCUUGUGAUUUGUUCGGUCGGAGCGAAAUAAAACACACGUCAUACAGCAGAACGCACGCUUUCCUAUAGCUGUGCUCAGAAUCUAAAAGAUACUGCCGACAACGAUUACGCCAUUCGGAAAGAGACGCCGUCGUACGUCGUCGGAUUAUAUCUCUCGCGCGUAAUUUAAAUCGAUCGAACAAAACGAUAAGUGUACAAAUGCAGGGAGGUUAUUACAAUAUAUUAUAUGCGCUCCGAGGACACGAGAAGACAAUCAUAUUAUUAUUAUAUUUUAUUUCCGUUGAUUUUUUUUUGAAAUAAUAAUAAUACACUUAACUCUCGAUGGCCUACCGCGAUCUCUCCGCGUGUAAAAUGUCUAUCGCAUAAUUCUGUCGUUACAAAUGCGUACAGUAUUAUAUUCCUACUACCUGUAUGAGAGUGUGGAACACCGGCCAUAUCAUCAACCGGCGCAAAACAAAACGAAUUAUUUGUUUCGCUGUCGACACGCGUUCCGUACGCAUAAUGAUAUUAUUAUUAAUAUAUUAUUAUUGUAACCAGACGACGCAUUAGCAAAUCAAAAAUAUACAGCGUAUGUGUAAACUGCAGACGGUUUUUUUCAAGGAUCCCCCUCCCGCUGUACAGUAUCGCGUACAUAUUAAUAUUAUCAGAACGUUUUACAUUAUGUGUGAUUCACACCAAAUCCCGUCGUCGUUGUCGUGUCCGCAUUAGCAUGACAAAAUAUUGUAGAUACCUAGAUGCAGUGUGUAUACGAUCGAAUAGACGUUCUCCCAGCUCGAAUAUUUUUUAUCGUUUCGCCCGUUGUAAUUCUCUCUGCUCCUAUUAUCGAAUGAACGUUAUAGCGUUGCCCGACAGUAUAAUGUUAUUGUGGAAAUCACGGGCGUCCCCCGCUAAUCGGGGCAUCUCCCCCCCCCCCACCAUGGACUUGAAAAUUUCAAAUAUUAUUUUAUUUUAAGUACUUCUUGGUGUUUGAUUUUAUUAUGCCUAUCCGGCCGUCCCUGAUAAAUUUCCAGUUGGGAGCCUGUGCCUACACGGCCUAGACGAGUACGGAAGAUGUGCGCUUACUGAACGAAAACGCAACACACCGCACGAGGAUCGUACGCCUAUAUCUAUUUUGUCAUGCGCAUUAGUAGUCGUACCGUCACACGAAUCCGGAAUUUCCGGAUAUGAUAAUUUAAAUAUUUUAAAUCUCGUGCAAUAUUAUUUUCAUUUCUUAUUUAUUAUUAUUAUUUUUUUUUUUUUUUUUUUAAAAAAAAAUUCUGAAAUUUAGAUAAUUGUUUAUUAUAUUAUUAUUUACUAAAUUUGUAAUAAUAAUUUUAUAUAUUAUCACAAAAAAAAAGGUGGAGAAUCUGGUACAUAUUGCGUAUAUUGUGCUUGAUUUGUGGGAGGACAAGGGGACUGAGUACUUCAAUACAUUUUCCGCAUACUUUAGCCUAUAAUACCCCUGUGGUAUAGAUACUUGCAAGGUUUUUAUUGAAAACAAAUUUCGGGGGAAGGGGGUCCAGAAUUUGUUUAAUUUACUAUUAUUUUUUUUACAUUUAUACAUAUUAUUACGUUCUGACGUAUUAUACUGAACAACUUGGCUCCAAUUAGGGCUUGGCCCUUGGAUACUUAUGUAAUUUAAUUAAAAAUGUUAAAAAGUCCAAUGAAGAAAGAGUUGUCCCUUUCUCUUAAAUCCACCACUGAAUGGGGGAGAGGUAUACGAAUUGUACUAUUUUUCUAAGAAACGCGAAUUUGUUUUAAAUUACAGUAGUACAAUUUUUUUUUUCAAUUGCCGAGAAUAACAAAGUAUAGUGUUAAAAAAUAUGAUUAGGUAUUUACAAGCAUAAUAGAUACAUACUGCGAUAAAAUCAAUAAUGCACCUACAUAAUAACUGCAAAAAUUAAUUAUAAAACAGAACUGCAUUUAAUAUAAAAAAUUAUAAUAAUAAUAAUUUAUUACAAACGAAUUAUUUUACGGCGCAUACAUUUCGCGUCUACUGAUAUAUCUAACAUGAAAAUUAUCAAAGGGUUUAAAGUCGAUAAGUUAAAUUCAGUAUCUUAUAUGCCACACCAAAACCGUGUAGAAUCGACGACGAUAUUACGAAUUUAUGACUUUUGAUUGUGGUUUUGAUUAUUGGUCUUGAUAUCCGUAUAUACGGCAUAUAAAAUUAUACAGAUGGACCAUUGUUUGUAAAUGGAAUUUCAGAUUGCGUUAUUACUUAUUGCUGUUAAAGAAUAUACCUACCUACUUAACCCUAUAAUAUUAUUAUGACGUUUAACAAAAAUUAUCGCAGUUCCUAUAAUUUAUAACAUACCUUAUCGGUUUUAUCGCAUUUUGUAUAAUUUUCCCGUCGCAGUUUACACGUCGUCCUCUAGAAAAAAGGUUAAUUUCGUCGCAGUUUACUAUCUCCCAGUACGGUAUAACGGUAGCUUUCUCCGGAAAACGAUUUUUCAUUACAAACAGAUGUACGUGUGUGCGUGUGUACACUUGGAUGACCGUCCGUCCCGUAUUACGAUUUUUUGUCUCGACGAAAAUUAUAAGGGACGUAUUAUGUCUCUUUUUUUUUUUAUGUUUUUAUGACUUUUUUCAGUAGAAUAUACUUUACAACGGUGUUUUUGGAUUAUUGUUUUGAGCAUUCCAUCACGGUAAACAAUAAGCAAUGAUAACACGUUUAAAAAAUAAUUCUUGUAAUUAUGAUUUUCACAAUAUUUUAUUAAAAAAUAAUAAAUUAUACUCGAAGUUCUUCGCGAAAAUAACACAAAACAGCAAACGAAAUUAUUGUUAUUGACCGACCGGCAUCAUCUAAAUAAAAUUGUCUUUGUGUACAAAUAUAAUAUUUGUAUUUAAAAACCUUUAUACGGCUAGUGCACAUUAAUUUUUUUAAAUAUUCUAAGUGGAGCGAGGAAUGUGUUGGUUUUAUAGUGAUGUUUAUUUUUUUUUUAUGUGAACACUUUUUCUACCAAAAAGCAUACUCAAAUUUUCAAGAAUAGCACCUUUUCUAAAAGGAAAUGUUUUCUGGGUGGUACUUUAAAGAGGUCAAUUUUUGAAAUUCUCAUUAAUAUUCGAGAUAAUGAGGAAAGCAUGGUUCUUUAGAUUAGAAAAGAUUGAAAGAUUAAAAAUAAGGUUGUCGUUGGCAACCGUUUUUAUUUAUAUUUUGUUAUUAUUAAAUUUGUAUUAUUUUAAAUAUUUUUUAAACAAUUAUUGUUAACAUGAAAACGCACAUUGUUGUAAUCAUUUUACCAUAUUAUGGCAUAUAUAUUGUUGACAAAACAACACUAUCAACUGAACUCCGCUCAGAAUCGUUUUUCGUUAGCAAUGGUUUAUCGUUGCUUACAGGUAUACAUUACAUUUCCGUCUGUAUCCUAUAUUUCCAACUUCCCACCUACAACAGUGACUGCACCCACGUAUGAAGUAUGUCCGUGUUUUUUUUUUUUCAAUUUAAAUUUCUAGUGUAGGUUUACGGUAUUAUGCAUUAUAUUAUUCACACUUUCUUAUUCAUUAUAUUUAAUUUGUUUUUAAUUUUAAGUGUCCCGUAUUUUUAUUUUACCCGAGUGCGUGGCAGUUUAAAAACUGUUUUAGGGACGAGGUUUCCUGUUUAUUGAUUCCGUGGCGUCUUUAUCAUCACAUAUCCGCGGCAACUACUGCUGGAAGCAUCGAACGUUAUAUACUUUGCGUUUUGUCGUGAAAUUCUGAUAAUAUUGUUACUGUUUUAUCGCCGUCGUCCGAUAACUAGUUUUAAUAUACCAAACGGAAUAUUAUGUAACGUAAAGAGUAACUAUAUGGUUGUGCCGUUAUAUUUUUUCUCGAUCGAAUUUUUUUUUUUAUGAAAAAAAAAAAUUAAUUAAUAUAAUCGCAUCCUAUAUACACUGCAGACUCAACAUUGCACGCUAUACUGUAACGUUUAUGAUGAUCAAUGGGAGAAAAAAACCCAUCGCAGAGGUUAUCGAUAAUACAUAAAUAUAAUUAUAAUAUUAUAAUUUAUGACAUAUUACUACUUGCCUCCUUUUCUUUACGUAAUGGUGUAUAUAUGAAAAAAAAAAAAUGUUUUUUAUAAAAUAGUAGCAUAGGACAUCAGCAUAUUAUUAUACUUAUACAAUACUUAUAUUUAAUCAAUCUGAUUUUCGUGAUUUUUUAUUUUGUUUAUAUGUGUCUGCCAACAACUUUGCGAUUGGAAAUUUUGUUUCAAUCAAAACUUUCAUAGUAAUUAUAUAUUGUAGUACUUUUGAUAAAGGUGACUUUCUGUCAACGUAUGCGUAGCAUAAUAGCAAUUUGGAUCAAUUUGCUUUAAAUCAGUUCGAUUUACAAUUAUUAUUAUUAUUGAUAACGAAGUCAGUUGACAUGUAGUGCUGUAAACAAUCAUUCUUGAGACGAAGCCAGUGCUCAAAAUGGACCGGAACGCACCGGAACGAUGUUCCGGUUGCUUAAAAUUGAAAUUUUAGAGUUCCGGUUCGUAAAAAUAUUAAGUUAAUAAAGUAGUAUUGAAGAAAUGUAGACAAUUGCCACUGGGUAAAAUGUUUUCGAUCACAAUCAAAGAGACUAAAAUAAUAAAUUAUAAUUUUUAUAAUAAAUGAAAUUUUCUUUUGACAAAUUUAUAAUAAUAAUAAUAAUAACAAUAAUAAUAAUAAAACUAUAUCGACAGUGCUUGAUGUUCUUAAAAUGGCAAAUACGACCGUUUCAUUGUGUCAAAAUAAAACGUUAUCGCAAAAACCCAAUUCUGAGAAGUCUGUAUAUUGACUCUGACGUUUCUGUAUCUGAUAAUAUUGAUUGAAAAAAUGUAUUGUCUAACACUAAAACUGGUUUAAGAGCAAAAAAAAGAAAAAAAGAAAAGGUAUUUUCUAUAUUAUAAUUCUAUAUGUAUUAGUCAUAAGGCAUUAUAUGAAGGCAUUCGAAAGAUCAACAAUACUAAUAUAGGUACCUGAGUUAAAAUUUUCUGUGUGUUUUUUGUGAUUUCUUAAUAUGUUAUUAUCUUUAGCAUAGCCUAAAUCGGGUACACAUUAAUCAUAAAUUGUUUUUUUUUUUUUAUUAUUCUGAUACACACUCGUUAUAAUGGUGUCUUCGAUUAUUGCACUCUGCCGAUCAGGAACUGUGUCGUAUUAUAACAAUAACAAUAAUAAUAUACAUUUAUUUUUAAAUACGUAAAUGUUAAAAAAAAAAAAACUGAGCGUUUCGAAAGUUCUUCAGUCAUCAUGGUAUCUGUGUAGUUGCGCUUUGUAAAUAAAUUAUCAAUCAAUAAAUUAUAAAAUAUGAUCGAUCCGUUACAUAACUUAUAUAAUGUAUAAUACUAUUUCACCGGACAAAGAACCGUGUUGAUUAUGAAAGGUUAGGGUUUUUUUUUUGUAUAGUGAAAACAGAAAUAUUAUAAUAUACCUAUAUGUUCAAACGGCUUUAAAAUAUUUUAAACCGCUUUUAAGAGCGGCUGCGGCACGGUAUCCCGAGUGGACUUGAUAACAGAUCGGCUCUCGUAUCGGUUUUUGUCCGAGGUUUUUUUUUUUUUCUUAUGUCAGUGUUACGAAUAUUUGUCGACAAAAAGUAUGCUUUUGUUUGUAUUAUUAUAUUCACUUCAUACUACUUAUAAUGUUAUUAUGUGAUGGCGCGGGUAAAAUCGAAAAAACUACCAUCUAAAAGCACGCGUUACCGCCGUGUUAGAUAUUUUUAAUGCUCGGACCUAGGAAAUUACCUAAUAAUAUUAUUAUAUAUUUUAUGUAAAAUUAGAAAAAAAUAACCAAUUUUUUUUUUUUCUUACAGCUUGAAGAGAUCGGCUAUAAUAUACGACUAGUGCGACGAAGGAGAAGACCGAUGCAGGCUGAGAACCGCGGGAAGAUGAACGUCAAUAAGGAACGUUUUGAAACGUAUUCGCAAAACGCAUCCAAUGGGUAAGAGGGUGUAUUACCGUGCACAAUGUAGAUAGUAUUUAAUAUUAUAUAUUUUGAACUAAUAAACUGCGCAUUUACCGUUUCGAGGUUACUUUUCCCCUCGUGACACAAAAUACGUGUGUACCGUGAGUCGUCUCCCAUAUUGUUAUUGUGGUCAUUGUUCGUGCAUGCUUAUUAUUUAGGUUACCCCGUAGUGUACAGGGUGAUUUUUUCGCGUAAAACAUUAUGUAUCUAUCUAUAUAUAUAUACAAUACUCUUGACAAUUCAGUGUCGUGUACGGAAAUUUUCAUUGGGAGGAGAUGUAACUAUAACAAUAAUUACAAACAAAUUGAAAAACCUUUUUCUCUAUCUAUUUUAGCUGUAUGUCGAGAAUUGAAAGGCCAAAUCCAAAAAAGUCUAUUUUUAAUCAAAAUAAAUACAUUUUUUUCUUGUAACUUGGCUAAAAUAUGUACAUUUCAAGAUUAAAUUACUUGCUCAAUAAAUACUCAUAGUUCUUGUAUUUUAAGCUAAUGAAGCAGGUGGCAAGGGAUAUAACCUGACUUCCUGUGCAGGCCACUGCGGAAAGUAUUCGUUAUUAUUUCGAGUUUUCCUUUUAGUGAAUUUGAAUUAUUUAUUAUAAUAUUCCAAUUCAGAAAUAUUUUAACAAUUUAAUUCAUUUUUAUCGUACAUUAAUCCUUCAUUCAAAUACUUUUGAGUUUCAAACGGCAACACAACCGCGUUCAUUAUUUUCAUGAACAAAUAACAAAUAAAAUGUUUAUUUAAAACUUGACUUGAAUUGUAUUGCAGUUUAUAGAAUUUUCAUCGUGGGUCGUUUGUAAAUUAAAAGUCGGUACAUGUAUAGUGUUAUAUAGUGAUAAGUUUUACUCGCAGCGCGCAUCUAUUAGGGGCGAACAAAACAAAAAAACACCGUGAAAUUUAACUGUAUAGCGAAGAAUUUAAUUUAAAAAAAAAAAAAAUGAUUUUAUAAUACGAUUUCAUUUCUCCGCGAAAUAACGAGGAAAUCAACGAAAUCAACGGGGAAAUAAAUCACCCUGUAUAUCACCCGCGCACGUUUACACGGUAUAUAUGUACACCGUUAUGGGAAAUCGGCAGCGGUCAUCAGGUGCAGCUGAUGAUUCCCGUGGUUGUCGAUCGCGCGAGAAAUUCGCGUACCAGUUGGCAAAAAAGACAAAAAAAAAAAAAAAAAAAAAAAGGGUGAAACGGGAACCGGCAACAAUAAUAUUAUAUUAUUGCACACAAUACGUCUUAUACGAGACACAAUGCGUCCGCGGAAUGCGACCUUUUUUUUUUUCACCACUCUUUCGCACAAAGAUUUCCUAAGGUGCACCCAUAUUGCUGAUGUUUUUACUACACCGCCCCGGUCCGAUAUCGCGACACUAUUAUUAUAUAUUAUAAGUAUAACGAUGAAAUGUUCACACGCGUCGUCGUCGUCUUCGUAUUUUUAUACCAUAUAUAAUAUUACUAUCGUCUUUUCCCGUCCGUCAAAAACGGAUCGAUACGCGUCAUUUUCUACGUCGUCGCCCCGUAUUCUGCCGAUCAUUAUUGUGUAUAUGCGCGCGUUAUUUUUGUCGAAUAGCGAAAAUUCGAUUAUAUUUGACGAUAUCGCAUUCACAUUUUGUGUGCGGUUUUCAACGAAACUCCCAGAAAUCGUUAUCGUUUUAUAUAUAUUUAUCUAUAGAUAACAUUUAAUUUCGAUACAGGUUAUACAUUCUGACGAUUCCGCUACACGCAGUGGCGUGAAUAAGGGUAUGCGGGGAAUGCGGUUGCAUUAGGAUUCUGAAUCUAAAUAGACCUUACCAGAACGGUCAAUAGCGAAAAUAUUUACGCGUUGACAAAAUAAAUAAUCCGAAAUAAUACCUAUCUUGUUUUAAAUUUCAUGAGCACCAUUCGAAUUAAUGAUCAUAGUGAAACCUUACCUUGUUAACGGACACCUAUCUAUAAUGGACAAUCUUUCUCAAUGCGAGUUAUAUGAUCCGAGCAAAAAGAUCCGCGAGUUUAGACCUGUAUAAUGUACGUGUAAUAUUUUCUUGAUAACAUGUAUCAAAGUUUAAACUUGCACAUAAAGGUCCCUGUACACAAUAUGAUUUGGUAGAGCCAGAAAAUCGACAGAUUUUCUUAAAUGUGAAACAAACCGACACGAAUAUCGGUUUAAAUUGUGUUGAUUUUUGACUAAAAUACUAACAAUAUUAUAAUCUUAUAAAUUUACAAAUAUCUGCUCAGAAUCGUUUUUCGAUUACAAUGAUUUAUAGUUAUUAACUAAAUAUCCUGUACUUGCCUAAUUUCUUUCCUACAACAGUGGUGUAAAAUACUUCUGGCUUUUUAAAAACUGAUGUUAUAAAUAGUACAUCGCUUCUUAUCGAUCUUUUACAAUGUUGGAAAUAUCUUAAUAUUAUUAUAAUAACGUAUUAUGUUUAUGCGUUUUAUAUGUUUUUCCCGUUGUAAAAUGUCCUUUUCCACAACACGCCAUGGCCGUUUCAAUACUAUACCUGUACAGAAAUAGAAGUAUAACAAUAAACAUCUAUACACUUUUAACCUUCGAACAUUGGUUUUGAAUUUUCACUAUUCUUGUUAAGGAAAUAUUAUCCUCGCGCGCGAUUUUUUUCUCCUAUCUAAAAUAUUAUGUUCUUGGAAUUAUCCGUCGAAUCAAUGACUUUGUAUAAUAUAAUAUCUCGAACAAACGCGAAUCGAGAUAGAAAUGAUAGUUAAUAAUUAUAUUAAUAUACGCAAGACUUUGAAACGAUGAAUAAUUUUGCGAAACAUCUGAGGACAUAUGAUUAUUAUUAUUAUGUUGAUCGCCGCAGAGUGUUGGCACAAUGCCAAUGCAGUCGUUAUUAUUAUAUUAUGUAUUUGGACGGAGAGAAAGAGAGAGAGAGAGAGAGAGAGAGUGAGGAAAAAACACUAUAUUUUUAAUAAGCCCCGAACUGCUGUCUUAUGAGUCACCGUUGUCGCGAAAAAAAAAUAUGGCACACUAUUUGUCUGUCGAAGGGUAUAAUAGUAUAAUUGGGGAUACAUCGAAGACAAUUUUCUAGAAUUCGUUAAAAAUGUACGCUAUCCGAGCACUGAUAAUCUGCUGCAGCGGCGUGUAGGCGAAUCAGUGUGCAUCUCGAAUACACGACUAUGUUAUUUUGGAAUAAAGCCAUCAUUAAAUUGUGCAGUGUACGAUGCAUGUAUAGGUUUUUAUAAUAGGACGUGAAAUUCACGUAGGGUCAAAAUAUACAGUAUAAUAUACGAAUCUAUUAUUAUAAAACGGUAAUAUUUAUUGAACAAAUUCGAGUCGCGCAAUUUGCGGUGGUGUGUCCGGGAAUUUUCCACGGGAAGGGACGUAGUAAAUAAUAUUCACGAUUCGUGAAUAAACCGUAGAAUUUUUUUAUUUUAUACCCACGGCGCCGAAAUUGGCAAACGCAGUCCGCUAUUAUUUUGCCAUCAUCGAUUUUAGCGUAAUACCGACCACUUCAUUUAACUAACGUCUUUAUUUGUGCUGCAGCACGACUGUUUAUUAUUGUUAUUUGGAAUUCGGUUAAUGCUCCAAAUCCGGAGAAAAAAUAAAUAUUACCGAAAAACAUUUCGUAUUACGUUUAUGAUGUUUGUAUGUCUUUGCGUAUAAAUUGUCGAUUUUCCUAAUUUUCGACCGCUUUCCCCGCACCCAAAAGCUAGAGACCAACCUUUAACUACAUAUUUUUUCAUAUCUUAUUAAUAUUAAUAAAUUCACAAUAAGAAAAUAUAGUCUUGUUAAUAGAAAAGUUAAUUGCAUGCAUUUUUUUUUUUUUUUUAAACUUCGAAAUUAAUUUAAUUUACUUCAUGUGUAAAGGAUGCGCGGGUUACUGUAACAUUCAUCUGAUAUAGUCUGUUUUCAUUUAUUUGCUCCUCUCGAGCACUACAAGUUACACCUAUUAAACGACAAUGAGAAUUCAAAAGCCGUAUCAAAAAAUGCGAAUUCCAUUCAAUAAAUGAAGCUUUUGCUGUCUUAUUUUGGUUAAAAUAUGUAAUUUCAGGAUAAAUUUACUAAGGAAUACGAUGAAUUAACUGUCAUUGUGCGCAACGAAAAUAUAUCACACACUACAGACGACAAAUUAAACGGAAUAAAAUACACUGAUACCUAUAUAAUUAUCUAUCUAUUUAUAAAACCUUUAAAAAAAAAAGAAGGCUGGAGGUCGGGUUAAUACAAUAUAAUAUUAUGUAAAAUCUAAUUGCUUUUUUUUCUCUCGGGUCGUAAAAUAGGUACCAACUUAAAUUAAUUCUAUUUGUGAUUUCGUUAAAUGCGAGCAAACCGCGAGAGAUUAUGUCCGUUUCGACAAGUUUCCGCGAGUCGUUGAAGUUGUUGAUUUUGAAGGCUAUGCCACGUAUACCUUUUCUUUUUAUAUAUACAUAUAUUUUACCGAUUGAUUUUCAAUAACCAGUAUUCGUUUAUACAUAAAAAAAAUACCCUCUAUCUAUACAUCCUAAAAUUCUGCGUGACGCGGAUUAAUUAAUUAUUACAUUUUAUUGAAUAUAGAAAAAAAAAACUUCGUGCAGGAAGUGGACACAAGUCACGUAUAAUAUACCUACUCGUAAUAUUAUUAUGUGAAAAUGUUGGCCCGCCGACAUAAAGAAAAAAAAACAUCACGACGAAACUGUACGGUCGUGUUAUUUGGCGAGUUAUUUACAAUUGGUCUAUUUUUGGAAUUCGCAAAUCGCCAUAUUGAAGUUCUAAACGAUUAACUAAGGUAACUUAAAGUCGUUAUAUUUAACCACAAUCGGUCGACGGUUUACAAUAAUAAUAUCAGUGGCAUCAUUGCAGUUUUUGAGAGGAGGGGGCAAAAGAUUUGAUUGGCCCAUAAUAAAACUGAAAAAUCGCUCGCUAAUUCAUCUGUUACAAUUACAUUUUUAUCUCGAUAUAAAUAUCCUUAUUACAUCAUUUUAUACUUACUAUCAUAGGCAUGAAUAUCCCACUUUUUCGAGGGACAACAAUGACUAAAUAAUAAAUAUAUAUGUAGAGAUACCUAAAUAUAUUUAGGUAUAUAUUUAGGAAGAUUUAACUUGAGGUGAAUUUUCCUCUAAUUUAUAUUUUAUUUAUUCCAAUAUGUAUGGAGCAUAUAUGUAUUUACAAAAAAAUAUAACCAUGAAAUCAUGGACAUUAGUAUAACCAUAUAAUAAAUUAAAUAAGAAUAGACACUCUCCAAAAAUUUACAUAGACUUUUAUGUGAACCCGGCACUUUCAGUUAAAGUGCAAUCGAAUCCCGGAAAAAAAUUCCCUAAACAAAUGUCAAAAGUAUAUGUAUAAAAAAAAAAUUGAAUAUAGUUCAAUCAUCAAUAGUUAUAAUUUUUUAUAAUAGAGUGUAUAUUGUGUCAAUACAGCUCAUCAAAAAUAAUAAUAAUAAUAAUAAAUUAUAUAUAAUAUCGUAUCAAUCAAUAGUUUGAUUGUGUAUAUUAUUAAACACAGCAGCCAAAAAAAAAAAAAAAAUUUAAACUAAUUUUAUGUAUUUUCUCAAUACCACAAUUUAUCGCUCUAAACAAUUGAUUUUAAAAUAUAUAGAUAGCUAAUGACAUUGGGAUAUUUGGCAAUUAAAUAAAUUAUGGUUAUGCGGGCUUCCCUCGAGAGAGUAGAUAAUACAGUUAUAUUGAACAAAUUAUUUUUCUGGAUGUUUGUUGUUUCAUUCGUAAUCUAUAAACUAAAAAUCCAUGCGGAUGAUAAUGAUUAGAUGAUAAUUUAUAUAUGUAAAUAAAAUUGAAAUAUAUGCCUGUAAACUUUUUCAAUAUUAUUAUUGACAGUAUAGUUAUUUUGGAUUUAGAGAUUUUUUUUUUCGGAUUAUCACGUUAACAAAAAUAUAAUAAAACAAAUAUUGUAUAAAAUUAUCACACUUAUCACACUUAUCACAAUUAUUAUCAUAAAUAAUAAAUUUUAAAAAAACUGUAGCUCAGAAUGGCCGUAUGCAACAUAAAUCAUGAAUUAUGUUUGCAGACUUGUGGCCCAAAACUAACCCAUAUCCAGCCCAAUAGAGACCCGCUGAUAACAAGGAGGGGAAGGGGGCAAAUGCCUUCUCUGCGUCACCCCAAAUGAUGCCACUGAAUAAUAUUAUCGUGUUGUUCAAAAAUGUAUGUUUAUAAAUUUUAAGGUUUACAACUUCGUUUUAUACGUAAUAUUACAUUUUCAGAGGUGGAUCCGGACCCUUAAUUUUAGGGUGGAGCGGCAAAAACGUUUUCCAAAAAUAAAAUCUUGCAUAUAUUUUACAACAAUACAAGAAUAAAACAUACUGUACUACCGCGGUGUUUAAUUGGAUGGGUGGAGGCAAAUGCAAAUCACUAUAUUGCCCCCCCCCGGCCUCCCUUCUAUAGGAUCCGUCGCCGUAACAUUAUACGAUUAAACUUCGAAAAUGUUCAUAUUGAAAGCUCAAAUUUCGUCGCAGAUAUUCGUCCGUCAAGUGGACCAAUUUAACAUAAUAUACCUCAUAAAUUCAUACGUUUCCAAAACAUUCUGAAGCCUCCCGGCGAAAUUGUUUUAUAUAAAACCACAGAAAUAGUUUGUACAAUAUUUAGAUGUACGGGUUAAAAAUAUUACAUUAUUCACCGUAUCCUUUUGUUACAAGUAAAGUAAACGAUCUAUUUCCGUGUGCCAAAAAGAAUGUAAUUAAUGUAUAUUCAUAAAUUAUAUGUUUUAUAAAAAUAGACUUUUCCUCAAUAUGAGGUCGUACGAAUAUAAGUAAUAAAACAAACUUAAUAUAAUAAAUAAUAUUAUAACAUGAUAAGUAUUCGGCCGCUGGCGGACUCGUUUAUUUGAAUACUCACCUAUAUGCAUUUUAUGCAUUUCAAUGGUUCCCAAAAUCCUUUUUGGCGACAGUAUUUAUAUAAUGUUACAAAGCGGAACAAGACAGAAUAUAAAUUAUUCUGUCAAAUUUCCACGAUAAUCUGCGUAUUUUUUUUUUGUAAUAAACGGUGACGGUUUUUAUUAUUAUCUACGAAGAUUUCGAGUAAAUUUGAUUUUUUUAAAAAUAAAAUUGUACAUUAUAAAUUACAAAUUAUAAAUACAAUUCUUUUGUGUUAGUUAUUUCUAUAGAAUUCGAAAAUUGUGUUUAAUUUAUUAGAGCAGUUAGAGGGGGGAUUUUUUUAAAAACCCUCUACCGUUUUUUUGAAUCAUAUGUGCUAAAAGUCUCAAGGUCAUCAGUCAUCAUUUAAUGUGUAAAAGUCCGGUUUAUACAUUUUCUGUUUUUCUCAAUUAUAAUGAUAAUCGUUUGGAAAAUCGGAAAAUUACCUCCAAAACGCAUUAAAUAGAUCCAAAAUACAAUACAAAUUUGAAGAUAAUCAUAUAUAACGGUACUUAUGUAAAAAUAAUAAUAAUAAUACUCGUAAUAAGAAAUUAUUAAUUAUGCCGGAUUUAAAUUAAACAUUAUUUUAAUUCCGAUUAAUGAGAGUCUAAAUUUUUAUUUUUGAGGGGUAAUAUCUCCCUACCUAUGCACAGUAUACACUCUCCUAUCUCAGGCACCGAAUACAUAAAGAAUAUAUAAUAAUAAACCAAUCAAAUCUUAAGAGGACGUCGUACCCGCAUGUGCUGUUUCCGUCGUACAACCCCACGACAUAGCAAAUUUUUGUUCUGUGUCAACCACUGUGCUGUUAGUUUUGAUAUUAAAGUGAAUUGACCUUUUAUCAAACUUAGCUUUAUUAACAUUUCCUGUGUCGUCUCGUCGUUUUUUCCGUUAUUUUAAUUUUUAAGCGAGUUAUAAGCAUUUUUAAAUCAUGAUAUUUCACACUAUCAUAAUAUCUCAUUUAAAAAUUCAAAUAGUGAAAAGUAAGACGAGACAACACAGAUAAUAUGUUUAUAUCUUUGAGUUUCAUAAUAGGUUAAUUCACUCUAAUUUUAAGUUUAACAGUACAGAGUUAAGCCUGAUGUGCGAAAAUUUGAUAUAUCGCGUGGCUGUUCUGACAGGGACACCGUAUGUGGGUACCACGACGUCCUCUUAAUGGUAUCUACUCAUAUUUGUAUACACUUGUACGUCCCACUUCUAAUUGUCUUCUAAUUCAAGCUCUGAUUAUCAGACGAACCAGUGGCGAUGGCCGUGUUUAUUAUUGAUCAAAAUAAUUAUGUGAAAUUACGUUUUAAUCAUGUGUGGUCUUGUUUUGGUGGAAUAAGAUGGAAAUCCGUUAAUUUACGACAAUGAUGGUGCUGCGACCUCGACCGUGAUUGAUGAAUAACGCCAUGUAUAACAACAACACCGCCGCGAUAUCUUUGUAAAGUUCACUUCGGAUGGUUCGUUGGGUGUGUUUAUAUUGUUCGUAAAUUCGGUAACCUUUUACCGAAAAAAUCUGGAUAACCACAAGAUAAUCACGCGAUGACGAAUAUAAAAUUUUACGAUUUUUUUCUACUUUUUUUUUGGCCGAUAAGCCGCCAGCAGCACCUAGUGCAGGUCCUUGAACCACGGUCGCGGUGAUGUUGACGAACUUCGACAUAUAAUAUAAUACUUAAAUUAUGUUAUAUUAUUAUUAUAUACGUACGAUGCGUUACACAGGCUCUCGGAAAUGCGAAAAACUCUAUUAAAAUAUCGAACUUUUCUAAAGGAAAUUCAUAAAAUUCAACAUUUUCGACAGGAUUUUGCAGUAGCGGCCCGAUGAAGGUAUAUUAGAAUCAUGUGAUUCACAAAAAACCGAGUGGGAGGAUCUUGGGUGCCUGGGUGUUCAGAAAUAUAACGAAAUAAUUAUAUUUUUACAAAACAAAGGUCAUUAAAAAAAACCCCGAGGACAUUUGGUUUUUUCCCGGGUUUGUAGAUUUCGGGGUAUUUUCGGUAGGGGCAGAUAGAAAAUUAAAUCGGCAGUUCAAGGUGAAAAUACUUCGCGUCACCACUGAUAAUUUGUAUUAAAUCAUCGCUUAUUUUAUGUUCCUAUAUAUAUAUAUAUAUGUAUCGGAUUACAAUACGCGCUAUUAGUGCCUACGUCAUAUGUCUAUACUUUAAUAGUUUAAUCGUUCUUUACAAAUUAUGAUAUUAUUGGAUCUUUUAGAUAUCCAAACAAUACAUAAUAUAUUAAAUGUUGCCGUUAUAAACACAAUAUAUUUUUAAACACUCAUAUAAUUGUACUAUAAACCGAAUCUACUCACAAAUUGAGAUUUGCACGUUGCGCUUUGUUUCGGAUAUUCACGUAUUUAACGUGACACGCCUGAAUUGACGGAAUUCAUGAGAAUUUUAUAUUUCAUAUCAUUAUUUAUUAUAUCGAAACUAUAACGAGAUCCCUUUUGUGUGUACCGUUUUAGAUGGAGACAUUUGUAUAACAAUGAGGCGGGCAGCGACGUCAUAUUUUUGGUCGGAGACCCCGAGUGCUGGAGAUUCCCCGCUCACGUGGACGUAUUACGUCAGUACCCUGUAUUUGACGCCAUGAUCCGGGAACCGUGGUCGAAAAAAGGCACCCCAAUUCAUCUACCGAACGACGACCCAAGAGCGUUCGACAAUGUGCUCAGGUGAUUAUAAAAAAAAUAUUAUAAUACUAUAGAUCAGUUUUGUUUGCAGGACUUGCGUCCAAAUUGUCAGUACAUAAUAUAAUAAACAGGGAGAUUUUUUUUUUGUAUCAUAAUCCAACGUAAUUACCUGGGAGGAUUUUAAGCGAGUUUGGUUUAAGCAAGGUUAUUUUUCAAUCAUUAUUUGGUGUUGCUUAAAAUAAGCUCAAUUUUCCAAUAGUAACCCUAUAUUAAUAAGAUUCAGGGGAAAAGAUUUAUUUUUCUAAAAAUGUUAAUAUUUACAAGAUAACACUAUUAUCGGAUAUCCCAUUUAUGAGUCUUAGCUACAAUUGAAACAUUUAAAAUUAAUCACGAAGGAUUAUCGUCAAAAAAUAUCUAUUUUUAGACGAUAAUCCUUCCCUACUACUCGUGUCUCUAUGUAUUUUAAACGGUUUAUAAUUCAUAAAUGGUAAAUUCAAUUUCAGAGUUACGAUCAAAAUUUUUAGGAAAUUAAUAUCUUUUCAAAUGGCGAGUUGCUAUUUUAAAAUCAAAAGUUGAUAUGUGUUUAUAAUGUAUGAGAUAAGGGUACAAUUUUGAAAAUAUUGUCAACAGAAUCAAACAAAAGAAAGAUUCUACAGUAAAGACCACAAAAAAAAAAAAUCAAUAUAACCCAAAAUUUUUGUAGAUAAUGAUGAAAAAGACGGACAUACUCGCACAUAGGUGCAGUCACUGUUGUAGGUGGGAAGUUACUUAUAAUAUACAUUUGAAAGCAACGAUAAAUCAUUUUCAACAAAAAAACGACUCUGAGUGGAAUUCAGUUAAUAGUGUUGCUUUUCUUUAAUAAUAUUUGUUGAAUAUUAUACCUAUUUUCCUGUUUUGGUCCUACAUUUUUUCCCAGUUUUUCCAAUUUAUUUGGAAAACUCCUAGAUAAAUUAAAAAAUGAGCUAUUAUGGGCCUAUAAUCAUUUUUUCCCUGGUGACACGGAUAUUUUUUGUUUUUCAAUGUUCGUUUACAAUAAUUUAAAUGUUUCACCGUAUGGUUAAUUAAAAUUAUAGAAUAUUUACCUAUAAUUUUUAACAAACAGUAUUUUUAAAAUAAAAGGAAAACAUCGACGAAUUUAUGCUAUCAAUGUCUCGUUAAACAAUUUUUUUUUUAACAUAAUUAAAAAUUAUGUAUCGCAACUGCUAAUCUCUUUGAAAAUAUUGAAUACUGAAUACCAUAAUAAGUGUAGAAAAACAGAUACGAACAAUUUAUCGAGAUAAAAAUAAAUGGAUUUCAGCUAAUAAAAACAAAAAGAUAAUUUUUUUCGUCAACUUUUAGGAAGUUAUAGGAAAAUAAAAAUGUGAACGGUUCUAAAUGUAUAAAAUAAUAGUUCAAUAAAUUAAAAGGAUGUAAAUCAGUAGUCGUUAUAGCUGUAUUAACUUUUAAUUUUUGACUAAAAGUAAAGCUAUUAUACGGUUGUUUUAUAUUUUCUAUUAUUGUUGGCAAAACUUUUUUUUUUUUUUGUUUUCUAUAGACAUUUACAAUAAUUUUACUCGUUUUAUAUAAACCUAGUAAAGAUUGAUAAUACGAACAAUUUUCGUUUAGAUCAUAGAAUAAAACCAAAUACAACGCCACCUCGACCGUAUUUCUAAUACCCACGACGUUAGCGUAGCGAGUGGUUCUAUUUUACAACUAACAUCGACAGUGCAUAUAUAUAAUGUAAAACUUAUUAUCGAUAUAGAUAGUAUAGUUCAUUUUAUAAACAAUAAUAGAAAUUAAUUCUAGGUACCUACGGUUUGUAUGGGUUUACAUAAACAGGUGAAUGAUGAUUUCAUUAUUACUUCAAACCGAAACAAAACGAUAAUGAUAUGCAUAGAUAUGCGUAGGCCGAUAAUGUAGGCUGAAUUGUUAAAAUGUCGACGACACACCGUAUAAGUUUUUCCGCUUUCUGAAAUCAAUUACUGGCGCAGCCGUCGGAUCUCUUUGGAGUUAAGAGGACGGUACACGUCCAUUAAUUGUUGUUUCUGUCUUACAAACGCACGAUGUAGUUAAAACAUGCUUACGCAGACUAUACAGAACUUAAGCUUGAUUUUGGUUUUAGAGUAAAAACACCUAUAAUAAAAUCGAAAGAGAACAAUAUCUCAGAGGUCAAGACGUUGCUUUUUUUUUCCAAAUUCUCCGAAUAUAACGGUCAAUUUAUCGUUUAUAAACAACGACUUUUUUAACGUUUUUUAUUUUUUUAUUCGCUAAAACUAAAAAAAAUAAUAACUUUUUCGAAAAAAUGCAACGGCUCGCUCUCCGGAGUAUUGUUCUCUGUAAAUUUCACAAUAGGUGCUUUUACUCUAAAACCGAAACUAAGCGUGUAGUCUUCGUAAACACUAUUUUACUAUACGUAUACCUCCCGUUUGUAAGACAGAAACAGCAAUAAUGCACGCGUAACGUCCUCUCUCAAACCACCGAGUGGAAUAUAGAAUUCGCAUCUAUGAGUCGACACGGUCCGGUCUAGAUAUAGGAUCUACAUGGAUCAAUAUGGAUGCAUUCAUGUACGUCUGAACUCUGGACGUAUUAUUAAAAUCGUAAUGUUUUAAUAUUAUAUUACGGCGGUAAGCCGAGGUGUAUCAAAUGUAAAAGAAAAAAAAAUAAACCGUGCCAACUUUAAAUGGCUACGUUCGUGUAGCGAGAUCAAAACGUAUAAAAUAAUGCAUUUAUAUAUAUUUACUGUACCAGACGGAAUUCUUCAAGAAACUCGCAUAAUAUCAUAGUGUAUUAUUGCCGCGCUCAUUCAAACGUGUUGCCAAAAAUCGUUUAUGUGUUAUCAUACUUAACACUUCCGAAGUAUUUUACGCUCGCGCCAGGCGUUAUUCAAACCUUAUUCGACGCGACGACGUUAGGUGUACGUUAUUACUUAUGCCAUAUUAUAUUGUGCAAUUGGCCACUUUGUUUGUUUGUUUUUUUUUUAAAUUGUUUUUUUUGAUACGAUUUAAUAAUAUAAUUAAGUCGAUUGUUGGUGCGAACGAAGCGCGAGCUGGAGCGGCGGCGGCGGCGGCGUCGGUUUUUUUUUCGUAAUUUAUGGAACUUGACGACACGACAAGAACGUGAGAUUCUUUACAAAUACGCUUGCAAGAAAAAAAAAAAAGAAAAAAGUAAAAAAUACUUAUGCUUUUCACUUUAUGCGUUGCAUAUACGUAUCUACGCACCUGUAUAACACGUGCACAAUAUAUCGUAUGAAUAAAUUUACCGAAAUCCGUUUGCCACUGUGAAGUGCUGCAGCCUAUAUUUUUGCUAAAAAUAAAAAAAACUAUCGUCUUGUAACACAUAAUAAUAAUAAUAAUAUUAUUAUUAUUAUUAUACGACUUGCCGAUUACAUUUAUCUGCUAUCUAUAUAGAUAAUAAAAUAAUAUAAUAUAUGGGUAGGUACGUACCUACCCAUACAUGUGCGUACCAUAGGUAACGUAUUGCGAAUACUCGGCGAUUAAUAUCGUAUCCCAAUAAAACGCGUGAAAAAAAAAUGCUUGAGCACAUAUAAUAUAAUGUGUACGAAACGUCGUGGAAACAGAUUGGCAGGAGGGGGCGGGGAACAACAAUAGUCAUCAGUUUUUACUGUUUACUUCAUAAAAACGCGAUUAUUUACUUUCCUGUUCGCGCGUAUCCCGUCGAGAUAAGAAAAUUGUAAAUAAUACACGUAUAUAGUAUUAACCGACUGUGUACUCUUCGGUCGCGACCGCGCGCCCAGCGUACGGUACAAUAUUAUUGUAGUUAAAUAUAUUAUUAUUUAAAACUUUUUUUUUUUUCUGCCUCUUAAGUAUAUAAUAAUAUAGUAUAAAAAAUAAUGAUAUACCUGCUGCUGUACAAAACGGUUUAACGCACAACGCAUUGUCCUCGGAUAUGCUCUGUAAACGCGUACUCGAACAUGACAUAAUAAUAACAUAAUCAGGUAUACCUGUAUACGUGUUAUAAUAUUGCCUCAGCGGCGUUUUUGCGGGGGAUGGAGGGGGGCAACUAGGGAAAUAUAACACCCCCGCGGGUGACGGGAUCUAAUUCAUAUCACUGUUUAUAUUAUGUUAAUUCGAAUUUCUUUACUCUAUCGGAAAAAAUACAAACGCGUAGGCGCCAAGUUAAUAUCGUCCAAAAACAACCCCCCCCCCCCCCCAAACGUUUACGUUUUCUUGUUUAAAAUGAAAAACCCAUCUGCGCGAACCGCCAAACACCUAGGAAGAAGGUUAGAUUAAAUAGUAAAUAAUCAACAAACCAAUCGUAAUAUACAACUAACUAACAUUUAAUUAUUCGAUGACAAUUUUGAGGCAAAUUAAAUUAUAAAAUAUUGACAAAAAUUGGCCUUUUUUUUAACUCAGACAGAUAUUCGCGUUGUACAGUAUACGCAGUGGUGUAUUAGGGAGUAUACAGCGUAUACCUGAAUCGUAUUUGUCGAUCAUAGCGUAUACCUUUUAGAAAAAUAGACCAUUCGCAAGUAUACACCCUGAAUACGAGCGUAUUAUACUGAAAAUGAUAUAACUAAAAUAUUGAUAGUGAUAAUAUAUUUGCGUUAUUGUUGUGCCCGCAGCUAAAAAAACAUUAGUUCGUUUGGACCAUAGGAGUUUAUGGAAAACAGUAUAAUGAAAUUGUAUAAUUUGUAUCUGUUGGGUAUGCAUCUAAAGAAUAAUUAAUAUGAUAUUUAGAAACGACUAAAAUAAUGCGGUUAAAGUAAAAAAAAAAUAAUGAUAAAAGUUCAUAUUUCGGAAUACAGUGUAAAAAUGUCAAAUAUUUUGAUAUUUAGGGCGAGAAGAAUUUUGUUCGUCAUAAAGUAUCAGUCAAUGACGCGUGUACCAAAAAACAAUUUACCAAUACCGCCACUGAGUAUAUGACACAGUUUCUAAAUCCAAUGUCUCCCUCAUAUGCCUAAAUAUACGCCACUGAUAAAAUCAAUAUACAUUCCUCGCUGACCGUUGCACUCAAAAUCUAAAACGUCAACUAUUUUUUCUCUCCUUAAACAGUAUAAUUUACCCGUGUGUAUCGAAAUUCGCGGCGUUCGUACGGUAUAAUCGAAUAUCAUAGCGGCGAGUGGUUUAAUAUCAUAAACAUAUUAUUACAGAGCGCAAACUAUUUAUAGAAACAAACGCGAACAAUAUUUAACCGAUAGAAAUAUGCCUGUUGUACGAAAAACGACCUAGUCACCGCAUAUGCUGAGAAAUUUUGGGCGUCGUUCAAAACCGCACACUUACCGACCAACUGACGUGCGAAAGCCCACACUUUUUUCCACGCGGUUUUCCUUUUGUUCUAUAGUUUUAUAGUUGGUUUUAGUAGCAAAAUGUUUGCGGAAUCGAAGUGUUUAAAUUUAUAACCUUAUUUACUGUAAUCAAAAGAUUUAACAACUUAGGUGUUAAAAAAUGAAAAUAUAAAACAAAUUUAUUCGGCCGAGGCGUGGUGAAUAUUUAAAAACGUAUUAGUGUAUUGUAUAAUAGGUCUUGAUAGUAAAUUGUAUAAUUCGUUGAAGUGGCGAACGCGUUAAUAUUAUGAUUUUGAUCUUAUAUUCUAAACAAAUAAAGACAGCCCACUCUGCGACCGUGCAAUGUUCCCGGUCUCUAAACAUAUUUUAAACAUUCAACAUCUCAAAGUACAUUUAUUUUGGUACCUACUCGUGUAUUUGUUUUGCUAUGGUUUACACGUUUUUUGGUUUUUCUGUCUGUAAACAACUUUUCUACCAGAAAUCUUGCUCCAAUCGGAAACUUUUUAGGAACUUUCUUGUAUACAGAAUCUUUCUCGAGGUCAUUGUUUGUUUCUCCGUUCGUAGUUUUCUUUCUAAAUGCGAACAACUGGCAAUUUUUCGUAUAACUUUCAUUGAUAUUCGGGUUGCCUCGGCAACGAGGAAAAAAAUACCACUUAUAUAAUAUGCCAUUAUACUCUGUUCAGAAUCGGUUUUUGUUAGCGAUGAUUCGUCAGUGCGUACAGAUAUAAAUGAGAUGACUUUAUAUGUUCUCCCUACCAGAUUCCCUCCUAAAACAGUGGCUCACCUAUUAUCAGUAUCAGCUUUUUUUUACAUUUAAAUGAAUAAUGAUAAUAUUUUAAAAUAACAUUAAUGUUACGAAUAAUAUAUAUAUAUAUAUAUAUAUACAUCUCCUUGUCGACCGAAUCAACAAGAGCUGUUUACAACGGAGAUAUUAUAAGGCGGUUCUAAACGUAUUUUUUUAUUAUGUUUCGUACGUCAUUGGUAUUAUACGACGUCAUAAAGUAUACAAGAUAAAAAUAUAAUUCAUCGACACGAAUAUUUAAAAUCAAUGAAUUACAAAAAAAUAUAUUACAAAUAAUAACAAUAAUGACGUGAAUAGGUACAAUGAAUUUGAUUCAGUGGUAACUAAGUUUAUUUAUGCGUAGAUUUUUUUUUUUUUUUUUUUGUGGACAAUUUUUCUAACAGCAAUUUUGCUCAGAGGUCAUUUUUCGAUUAUUCCAAGAGUUUUCCCAACAAAUGUGAAAAACCAGGAAAAACGGGAAAAUCGGUAUGAUUUUAAACAAAUAUUAUUAAAGAAAAUAUAUAAUGCCUAUUUAAUUAUAUACUGAAUAUAUAACUGAACUCCGAUCAGAAUCGUCUUUGGUACGCAAUGGUUUAUCGUUGCUUACAGAUACAAAUUAAUUUCCCCUCUAUAUCUUACCUUCCCAACUAACUUCUCACCAACAACAGUGGCUGCAUCCAUCGCGCGGAGUAUGCCCGUCUUUUUUUUUUAACAAUUGCGACACUGUAACAAUAUUCUGAAAUCGCUAAUUAUUUCGGAUAAUAUCGGGGAUUCCGGUGUUCUUCGCGAUGUACUUGCUGACUCAGCUCGUAGUCAUACUUAAAUUGAAAUCCGAUACGAAGCGUAUAACUGAAAUUCGACGAGUACAUUAUUAUUAUGUUAUGUAAUAAAAAAAAAUAUAAUGGCGAUCCACACGUCCGUUCGACUUAAUUAAUUGUUUUGUUAUUUUUAUUUUAUUGAUUUUUGUGCGUUUCGUUAUAUUAUUAUUGUUUUUCGAGUUCAUCAAUUCCCUCGUUAAUCGAUUUUUUGGCGUUGUGCCACGAAAAAACCGAUACGCCGGCGGUCGGGUUACCUCCAUAAUACAACAUAGUGGAUUUAUCUCGAAACGUACGAAUGUCCGUAUCCCUUUCUGAUCGUACCGCGAGUCAAAUAAUCGUAAAUUGUAAUUUUUCGAAAAAAGAUUUACCCCCCCCCCCGAAAAUGUUUUUUAUAACCGGCACGAUUCUGAAAAUGAACAUCGCGAGACCGUUUUUCAAGAAUUGUAUUGUGUCAUCGUACUAACACAUUUUUAAGCAAUUAUUGCUUGGUACAGAAUUAUAAUUGACAUCGAAAAUUACAUUUCCCUCCCCCCGUCCCCCGAAUAUUACGAAAUGUCCAAUCAAUUUUCUAGUAUAUAAUAUGCAUUUCGAGAUAGACCUCACCAUCAGAUCUUACGGCCUGUUAAAAAAUUAACCCACGUAUAAUGAUUCUAUAAUAGUAUUAUACCUUUUUUCUACACGUUUUAAAUUGCACUACACAGCGAUACAAAAUACUAAUAUUUUUUUUGUAAGCGUAAUAAUAGGAAUGUAUUUUUGGUGACUGUUAUUGGUAAACAACAUUUUGAAAUCGUGCUCCAAUCGAAAAUUUAUCAAAGCUCUCUUUUGUUGCAUUUUAGAAACAGUUGAGGAAAUUUUUGAUUUUUUCCGAAAAUUGGGGAAAACCGAAAAAAACAUAUCAUUACAAAUAGCAGAUAAUAUAUUCACGGUAUUAACAUUUCGUUAUUUUUUCGAUUUUUGUUUUCUACUAGAAAUUUUACUCAAACUUCAAGAGUAAAACCAUUUCCGAAACGGAAUUUCGUCUAUUUGUCUUGAACGCCCUUUUAACAAAUCGGUGUUGAUUCGAUUAUGUUUUAAAAGGGCGCCCGGAUGUCUUUAAUAGUCGACAUUACCGACGUAAUUUUCUUAAUUUAACCAGUCAACGUUCCUGAUUUUCCCGAUUUUUGUUGACAGCAAAAACGUAUUUUUCGAUUUCUGGAGCGUAUACGACCUUUUAACAAAACACAAUCGAUAUGAAUUGUAUACAAUAUUUUAUUAUUGUUAACCGUUGAUAAACGCAUUGCAGGUUCAUGUACAAAAACACGGUGGAACUCAAAUCGGUGGCGACCGCGCUGGAGACGCUCGCGCUUGCCGACAAGUACAUGUGCGUGGAACUGGUGCACGAGUGCAUCGUUUACCUGACGCGCAACCUGACGGUGGGCACCGUGCUACCGGUGUACCACGCGGCCAGGCUGUACGGCGGCCAGACGGAACAGCGUCACGGCCAACCCGCCGCGCCGCCGCCGCCGCGCGUGCCGGACGUGGCCCGCGCCACCGCGCCGCCGCUGCAGGACCUGAUGCCCGUGGCCGUGGACGACGCGCAAACCGAGGCGUUCGCCAGCAUGGUCAAGCACUACGACACGCUGCUGGAGUACUGCGGCGCGUUCGUCGACAGAAACGCCGACCGGGUGAUGGCCGACGAGAGCGUCGACGAAAUGGACGGCGCCGAGCUCGCGGAACUGUUCCGCCGGGACGGUCUGGCCGUGUCCAACGAACUGGUGAGCGCGCGCUUGUUAUGCGUUUUCUCCGUCGAGUCCACGCCGUUUUCCACGAGCGUUUACGACCGGGGGUUUACCCCGCCUACCCCCUCCCCCCGCGCCCCCCGAACCCCCGUGACGAUUAACGCUCGAUAAUACGAUAAAAUAUUAUACGUUUACUACAGGUACUGUUCACGGCGCUGGAACGGUGGUGCACGCACAAGUGCAGACAGCAGCAUUUGGAGCUGACCGUGCGCAACCGGCGGACGGUGCUGGACGACGCGAUGCUGCUGUCGGUGCGCUACCUGCAGAUGACCGCCAACGAGUUCCUGUCGGGCCCGAUGCCCAGCGGCCUGCUGGACGCCCAGGAGACGUCCGUGCUGAUGAAGCAAAUACUCAACCGGAAACAGCCGAGGUGGACGUGCCAGCGGCUCACCGAGGAUGUGCUCGACUACAUGGCCAGGCCGCGGAACAAGCACCACCAUGCGGGCGGCGGGGCCCUGUCGUACGUCAUCAAGCGCAGGUCGUCGUCGUUCCGGGGCGGCGGGGACCAGCACGGCGGCGCCGGCGCCGGCUGCAGUUCCCCGUCGUCCGAGUUCGAUUCGCCCGGCAGCCGGGCGUCCGGCAAAAAGUCGAAAAAGAACGGCGGCAAGAAGAACAAGAAGAGAUGCGUGGACGGCUGUUUUUGCGGCCAUCUCAUUUACUUCCUGGACGUGUGCUUCGGAUGAUUAGCGACCCCUGUGCCCGCCCCGGACCUCCGCAAAACUCACAAAACGUGUGAUUAUUGUACUCGAACAAAACGUAACGAUAAUAUAAUAAUCAGAAAAGAUCUCACAGAAUAGGUUUUACGUUUCCGACAUAACGCGAUGUGUUAUCAUUACAACAGUAGUCCCCGUAUAUUAUUAUUAUAAUUAAUAUUAUUACUAUUAUUAUUAUAGUGCGCAGACGCAAUUAGCCAGCCGGCCUCGAAAUUUUGGCCGCCUCGCCGCGGGACGAAACUACGCGGCGCGACGUAUUUGUUUUUGCGCGCGCGAAAAGUCCGACGGAUCGCGUUUGCGUUCCCGUCGAGCGGCAUUUUUUUUUUUGUUCCGUUUCCGUUUCGAGACCGAAAACGCGACCGUAAUAUCGCUCCGUGUUAAUCAUUUCGAAAAUGCGAUUCGAUUUUUUUUAUUCUCUUUUUCUCUCGCUAAGAGUUCAAUUUUCGCCGUUGUGUCGCUUUCCCGGGGUUCGGUAGGUGUGUGUGUGGGGAGGGAGGGGGGGCGUGCACAGGACCGUUAUUUCGCGAUGUUAUUUCUCGAACAGUUUUUCGACGCGGACCCGCGGGCGAUCGAUCGAUUUUCAUUAAUCUAAUAAUUCAAAAUUCAUUGAUUUUCAUGCAAUCGAAUCCGCCGCCGGAAAAACAAAAACAAUGUAAAUAAAUUGUACGUCCGUAUCCGUGUGUAACGAUUUACGCGUCGGCUUUUGCGUACGCGUCUCGAUUAAAUUAUUGUUAUUAUUAUUAUUAUUAUUAUAUUGUAUCAUAUAGGUAGUACGUAGUCAAAUAAUAUAUUAUAAUAAGAUUCGUAUUUUUUUUUUUUAUCAUUAUUAAUUUAUAUUUUACGUUACUGACGAAUUAUUAUUAAUAUUAUUUAUUUAUUAUUUUUUUUUUUUUUUGUUCGACGUUUUUAAGUUUUUUUUUCCCCCGAUUUUUUUUUUAUAUUCCGUGUCCACAAUCGUAUUAUUUUAUCGGUCGUAUUUUUUGUGUUUUUUUUUAUUAUUAUUACCAUUUUGUCAAGUAAAAUACGUUUCAAUUGAAUUAUAUUAUACGCACGAUCGGAUAAAACCAUUCCCCCCACCCCUCGCCCGAUUAUUAUCAUUAAUAUUUAUAGUAUUGUAUGUUAAGCCGUCAUAUUAUAUUAUAUUGUUUGGACAAUUUUUUUUGUUUUUUUCUCAUGCAUUCGACAUUGUAUUCUAUAAACUAUAUUAACUAAAUUACGAUUAUCACCUGUUUGGCCUUAUUAUUAUACGAAAAAAAAAAAAAAAAAUUGUUUACCAUCCAAAUUUUAUUGCGUGUAGGGUACUCGACAAAUAAUUUUACCAAAACAAAAUUAAAAAUAUAUUCGUCGAUUAUUAUUAUUAUUAUUAUAACAUUAUAUUAACAGUUAUUUGUAUUAUUAUUAUUAUUUUUUUUUUUCGGUCUGUUCGUCGUGUUGAUACUUUACAAAUAAUUAUCUAUAGUUGAUAACAUUAUUAUUGCUAUUGCCAUUACUAUUGUGUUUUGUUGAUACGAUAUUAUCAUUACGACAACCGCAGUUACCCGUAUACAUGUAAUGUUACUAACAAUAUUAUUUUUAUCAAUUGUUGUUGUUUAAAUUUAUUUUUGUCGUCGCGAAGGGUAACGUUUUUGUGUUUUUGUGUUUUUUUUUCCCGCGCACGGUUUAUAAUUAUUAUUAUUAUUAUUAUUAUUAUUAUUAUUAUUAUUACCUAUACGUACAGUAUACAGGGCCGGAUUCCGGGGUCCGGGGGUCUCUGAG